CAAUUCUUCUUUUCGCUUGUGUGCAGAUAGACGUCCUCCUUGUGUCUCAACUGGAAAAUAACCUCAUCAAGGAGUGACCGGUGCAGUCGCAGCUCCAUACGGCGGAGGAUACCGCUAUAAUGGGUGUUUAUCACGAAAGUGGACUUAAUAACAGUUUUCGUGCUCGCGGAUUUAGAUAAAAAACAACACAUCUUAACGCCCCGCUAGCUCGUUUCUCUCCACUGUCCUAUGGUGUCAUCCUACUGAGUGUAUUCAAACGUAAGUAAAAACCAUAAAUUAAUACUUUUCUUCAUUUACAGUCGUUUUAUGGGUGCUUUUUUGUAUUGGACUCCGAUUUCAGAUGACUAUCAGACAGUCGUUAUCGGCUGGUAAGCAGUUGUUUGUAAAAAGCUAAUGUAUGGUAACAGGCAUGCUAGUAUAGUUUUCCCUUGAACAGUCCUGUGCACAACAGUUUGCCUACAGAUUUCUUUAGUAGACUUGGUAAACAUAUCACAUAUGAACGACUAUAGUUUUUAUUCUAAUUGAAGUUAUAAUUCAGGCAGAUACCGGAGGUGCUCGGUCGGUCUCGUGCUCUCCAGUCUUGACAGCAGGGGCAUUUCAAGGCGGCUUUACGCGAACUUACAAUCAGAGAUACCGGUUCAUAUGUUUUUGGAUACUGUUUUAGAUAUUCCCUGUUGGAUUUUGCUUAGAUUCUUCCAAACCCUUCUAUGCAUGGUACAUUCGGUACAUAGCGUCGAGUCAGUGCUGCUAAAACGCUUUACCUUCACACUUGAAAACAUAGAGCAGCAGGGGAUUAGCCUACUUCCCAAUGCUAGCGAAUUUAAUGUUAAAAAAACGACAUUUAAGCUCUCUGUCUGCACAGACUGAUUACCGAUAGAUGCUGUUCACAGGCCCACUCACAGUCCCACUGUAGCCCAAGUCAAAUUGGGUAGAUAGAAUUUCAUGGGCGUAUGCUUUAGCAAGUAUGGCUGACUGCAAGGACAUGGAAAAACAUCACAUACUUGGCAUAUGUAGGCAGCGGGAGUGGGAUGUAGUUCAACAAUUUACAGGAAACACACUGCAAAUUCGGUUUUAAAAUACCAGACAACUAAUGUAGUUUACGCAGCUAAAUCAUUGCAUGCACGUUUAUGUAUAUUUUAAGAGCUUAUUUUGCGUGUACUAUCCAUGUAUAAAUGAAAUACAUAAGACUUAAUCUUUAAUGUAACACUAAUAUACUUCUGAGUGUGUCUGUUUACAAAAUACUUGGGCUUAAUGGUUUUGGUCCGCCAUAUUUGUUGUAGGCUGCUCUGACAUGAAAUUGUGGGGUGGGUUCUGGGCUGUUGCUAAGUAGCAGUUUGAUCUUAUUCAGGGAGAAAGAAAGCAUGCUUGUCCUAGUUGAUCAAUUGUAAUGUCUUAUUCUUACUUAAAAUUGUUUGUGUUUACUUUAGGAGGAACAUAAAAGGAAACUUACUGGGAAACAAGCCUAAACUGCAAACAUGUCUGGUGCAUCUGUAAAAGUCGCCGUCCGUGUACGGCCCUUCAACUCCAGGGAGACGAGCAAGGAAUCAAAAUGUAUCAUCCAGAUGCAAGGGAACACCACAAGUAAGUUUUCUGUUUAUAUUUGCAUACACCAAGGGAUCAAGCCACUGUAAUAUUGAAUUGGUGCAGGCUUGUCUGCUGAAGAAAGUUUAGUAUACCACACAUGCUCCCGCUUGGUCUUCCAUCAGGGGUCUUGGCUGAGAACAGUAGAAUGAGCACACUGAAUAGUCGACGGUUGGGGACAAACAGCCUGAAAGAGAAUAAAAGGCUUACAGAGUGAAAUUCCUCCUCCUCUGAAGGGGCCUGCAUACCUAAGGAGACUCUGUGUGAGAAACGCUGAGUUGGAUCAUACUGGGAGACACGGGGGUCACCACACAGCCUUACCCCCUAUUCAUCAAAGCUUUAUCACACAGUCGGUGUUUCAGAAUUGAUGUGGUGGUACUAUGUAGUUUUUUUUUUUUUUAUGAUUUUGUUAUCUCUUACUCUAUACAAACAGUUUGUAAACGUUAUGACAAGGAGUAAAUCAUUUACAAGUUUGACUGCUUUUUAUUUAGCUAAAAAUGUUCACAGAAAAAGUGAGGAAUUUCAGGUCUACUGAGAUUGAUACAACUUCUGUGAUCCAGCUAAAAGUAUUCAAGGAUAUCUGCGAGGAAGCCACACUUCAGUGCUGAGACAAUGAGAGGAUAGACAAAGCAAGGCUAGAGGAGAGGACCUGAACGUGGUUUGCAGUCUUGUGAUUCAACCUGCUCUCUUGUGACUGUGAGUCAUCAGGUGCUUUGCUAGCUGCCUCCUUACUCAUGGCUGGGCUCUAUGUUUUUGCAUUUCCACUGGCAGGUGAACACAAUCUCCCAGACAGUAGCAUGAAAACAUUAAAUUGAACAGCUUGUCAAGUCAGAAACCUGUUCUUCCAGCCCACUCUCUUAUUUUCUUGGAGUUGUAUCUGUCAGUCUUAUUGGGCUCAUUAGACUAAGCCUUUAUGAAUCUUCCAUAAGAUCAAGUGUCCCUGUGGGUCAUGGCUCACUUGCCCUUUAUCUCUCACACUCAACCAAAGAGAAGCUUUGUUUCAAAUCCCCUCUUCUUUAACUCCAUAUCCUUGGGUUUUCAUUAUGCCAAUGUCACUCGGAGGUGCUGGGGGGUGACUCGCGGUUUGUAGCAGAACUGCAGAGGAAUAUGCAGUGUUUUUGGGGGUUAGUGAGUGAGUGUGUGAGCAAGGCAGAGGAGGAGGAGGCUGCAGUACUGCCUACUCUACCUCCUAUCACAUGGGCAGAUUGCAGAGCAGAAAGGGAGGCUGGCAGGCAGCCAUACUCUCCCUUCAUCAGGACUUCAUUGCAGAUGGUAUGCUGAGAAUGCUCACUUUUGGCCACUGAGAGGUUGAAUGAUACGUAUUUGCUCUAACCAGCAUGGAUUCACACAUGCAGUUGAGAUUAUACACCAUGCAGUGUAAAAUCAGACCUUGCUGCAGUUGUGGUGACUGGUUUCCGCAUACUUUCUGACACUUUUUUCCAGAGUCAGACAACUUACAUUCUGGUCUAAACCCUUAAACAGAUGUCAAAGAGAUUGUUAAAGUUUCCUCUUUAUUUUAAUGUAGGGUGACACUUCUUUAAGGAUUUAAGUAUGCAGUGGCCCAGGUUGUAUUUCCAUACAUUUCUCAAUAAUUGUGCAAAGUGAUUGCAGUCAAAAUCCUCAGUUGCCAUACUAAAUGUAUGUUAUUUAUUCAUUUGCAUCCAAUAAAGUUGGUAUGCCCUUUGUCAUCCCAACAUUAUGCUGAACUCCAUAAAAGUCUGUACUUUGAGUAUUAAGCUCACCAACUAGGCUGAAAGUUGCUUUCAAAUGUGAAGUACAUUUUAGCCCUUCUUCUUGAUAUCGAUAUAUUCCUAUUGAAUUAAACAUAACAACAGUAAGUGCCAAGAACUUUCUACUUGUCUGACUAUUUUCCUUGCCAGUUUUUGUCAAAUUGUGUGUAUACCACACCUUUCAAAAUAUUGUCCACUAAGUUAAUCAUCAGUUCCAUAAUGCUAGCACACUGUCACACUGUAAAGGCUAACUAUUGUAUUGCUGUUAUUUUCUGAUGUUUUUGAUAAUGGCCAACACGUUAGCUGGACUGAGAGCUGUCUCACCGAAACUAGAUGUGUAGUGUUCUUGCUUGGUCAGCUUGCAGGUGUUUGGCAGAUGUUUGUAUGAGGCCCUGACACUCCCCUUAUUGUUGUAAUUCGCUCAAGGGCAUUUUGUGUCCGUGUGCAUGUGUGUCAACAGCAUAGAGAAAGAGAGAGCUUGGGGGCAAGGGCAGGAUAUGCUGUCUCCCUCUCUCUCUCUCUCUCACUCUUCCUGUCUCUCUUUCAGCAUGCAUGGAGAGUUGUCAGGAGUAGGGUGCCGGCAGAGGGGCAGCAAAUUGAUUAUCCAGUGUGCAGGAAAUGUGUCUAAGGCCUCUGCAAGCAAGCUGGAAACAAGUGAAGGCCCCUUUCAGAGGGAGCUCUUAAACAUACCAGAGCUAAUGUAAUAAUAAAGGGGUGACGUGAUGGGCCAUUGCGUUAGUUAGUGUUGGUGCUCCAAAUGUUGAAUAACGCCAGGGCACCCAAAGCCUGCCAUCGGCACCCUGAUGGGUUCUGUGUCUGGUUAUGUAACUUAUGCGUUAUGCUCCCUUCUCAGCCAGCGGGCAGCUACUCAUAUAUGGGUGCUACAUCUCGUGCGUGACACCAUACAUGGGUUUGAUAUGAUAGUGCUUGAUAAAGGAAUGGUUGUGGUAUAGCUUAAUCAAAGGUUACUGACCAAUCAAAUCAUUUUUCUUUUAGAACUGCAUAGAUGUUGCAUAACCCCGUGCGAGCUCAAAGUAAACAGACUGAUAAAGUGAUAGCACAAACAGAAGGUCAACAUAUCAAUUAAACCUUCACCUUUCAGAUACAAUUGUGCUGAGUGUCCAAUCAGCACAGGAUAAGUGGAUGGCGACCUUACAAAAUCCUGCAGGGAGGAAUCAGCUCAGCUCUGGUGUCAGUUACACAGAAGUGGAGGCUAUUGCUAAAGCCUGAACGACAACACACCGUCUCAUAUGAAUAGAUUCGUUUUUGAGGGGCAGGGCUUACAGAAUAAGAGGGGGUAAUGUAGACGUUGUGGGUUUUGGAUGAGGGAUGGCCUUCCUGCAGGUGGACUCUGUGCAGACAGGUCUGCUUGACCUGAUUAGGACCAGUAAUCUGCAGGCUUGCCUCAGGUCGCCAAGCCGUGCCGCCAUAAUCCUCCUUGACCCUUGUAGGUGUGCACAAACCUAUGCACGGGCACUCAAGGUGUUACAUGCCUCAUGCUCUCAUGCUGGGAUUGUUUUGGAGUGACACCACAUUUGCCCACAUGCGCUAUGUACAGAGCAGACUGAAACAUACCAGACUGAUCUUCUAAUGAGGGGGGAGUACAGGCAAAUGUCUGUCUGGUAUCAGCUCAUGCUGUGUCAUGGGACUAUCAGGCUAGAGGCCCGAAAAUGCAAUGAGCAGCUCAGCCAGUGUUAUCACACCUUCCUAUAACAGCUGCUUAACGGACAAUGUCUUACUCUAACUUUCUAUUUUGCACCUCUCUCUGGAAUAAUUAUUUGGGCUUUAACUUAUUUGACUUUGAGAGCAUUUGUUUUUUCUUAGAAAUUUUUUUAUCAGGCUUACUCAGAAACGAUAAGAAUCUCAUACACUUAUUGCUGCCAUGUCCUUAUUGGUUUUCUCCAGUGUUGGGUAGUCAAGGCAACAGAAACUGUUAUUCUGUUUCAUCAAACACAUCAUGAAAAAUUGGAUAAAUACAUUCAAUGUUUGUUCUGUCAUCAGGUGCUUUGGAUUAUUUUGCUUGAUGAUGCAUCACUGUGUAUUGGUCCCAGGAGGUUUCAUCAUGUGUCAGUGAAUAGUUGACAGGAUUUUGAGAGUGGAGCCUCACAAAACCCUUGUCCUGGUGGUGGUGGUGUCUGAGUAAAACGCUCGCCCAACUGCCACAGUUUUGUCAAUUGAUUUAAAUGGUGAGGUCUUCUGCUGCGUUCGAGUUCCCUUGUAAGUCAGUAGUCCUAGCUGAAAAUGACGUCACACCCGAGUUCCCAGUGUUUCAGUUACCGAGUCGGAAAAAAACAAAAUCGGAGGCUGUAAACAAGAUGGCUACAUCUACAAAAGUUAUUUUAGCGCUAACCUUGUCCUUGCUCAUAUUUGGACAAGGCAAGCGCUCAAAUAACUUUGUAGAUGUAGCCAUCUUGUUUCCGCCUCCGAUUUUGCUUUUUCCGACUUGGUAACUAAAACACUGGUAACUCGGGUGUGACGUCAUUUUCAGCUAGGACUACUGACUUACAAGGGAACUCGAACGCAGCAAUACUGUUGGGCUUUGGUUCUGUUUACUGACCAUAACAUGGAAUGGUAACAUUAUUAUUUAUAACACUGACCAAAAUAAGGCCAAAGCUGUGCGUACCACUCCCACAAGUAGGAAGUCCUUUUAAAUUAGUUGUUUUGGAGCUCAUGACACACCACAACAUGGUGUCGCCUACAAAAGGAUCUGCUGAAUGCUGGAAUGCACUUGAUGUGUCAGAGGUCGGGGGGUGGUAAAUGGUCUCUCCCAGUACGUUGCACUUUCAGCUUUUUUACUGACCACUUGUGGUUUUCACUCCACAGCUGAUGUUAACUCUUCAGGGUCUACUCCUUUCAUGUGUUUUCUCCAGUUUGACCAUAUUUGAACAUUAGAAAGUCGGCACCUUAUUUUCAUGCACUCUUUGUGAUUCGUUGUCGAGGAUUGGGACCUGAAGGUUUGUAGAAACAUCCCUCUUCCACCUCCUGCAUCUUAGACCAUCUAGAGAGAACUUCAAAGUGAUGAUGUAACCUUCAGACUGUAUAACUGGGGAAUUUGUCAGCAUUGUUCCCUGCUGACAUCAUUAGGCCUGAGGAUCGGGUUCAGAUGUCUUCAAACCAGAGUGGUAUUAACAGUGAGGAAAAGCAGAAUGAACCUUUUCGUCUCUUUAUUGGGUAUGCUUGAAUAAACGGACCUUCUCUCUGGUCUGUGCGGAUCUGUUUUUGCAAAAGAUCUCACAUAGCAUGCUAGCUCUGCAUUAAAGGAUGUGCAAUCACCUUUUAUCAAUGAAUAUCUCUUUAUACAUCAGCGUGCCUCUGUUUUGUUCACCCAGUAGUUUUUUUUUAAUCACUCUUUUUCCCGUCAACCUUUGAAGAAGGAACUGAGGGAGCCUUUCGCAGUAAAAUGUGGAAUUAGAAGAGGAGAGGAUGCUUUCAGAGCUGACUCGAGAGAGGGGGAGGGGAGAUGCAAAGGCAUCCACAGCGGAGACAGUGAAAGUCGUGCACGAGCACUAUUCACGUGUAAGACAGCGUGAGGCAGCAUCACAUACAGUGGCCCAGCGAGGGAUGAUGGGGUUUGGUUGUAUUGGUGGAGGCUGAGAAGUGGUAUUCAUUUAGUGGAGCUAAAAUUCAAAGAAAGGCAAAUAUUUUGUACUUGCAUUUAUUUAACUGUUCUCAUGUUCCUAAUUAAUAUGCAAAAUACAAAUUAGGAGUGAUUUACCUCAUACUUAUGGUAAAAACACACCUUUACAUGUUUACAUUCAGUAUAUUUUUAAAUUUGCAAAAUGUUUCCUUUCUCUGACAUUGGAGAAUGAUAAUAUCUUUGAUACCGCAUUAGAUUUAACAGUAUUUAUCGAAAAACACUAGAAAUGACUCUAAAGAUUUGUCUUUAUUCUCUGAGAUGUUGAAGUACAUCUAUUGUUAAAAUCAGGUAUUACACAAAUCUCAUUAUUUGCAGCAAAACCAAACCCAGAAUAACAACAAGAUGUUUGAUGCUUGAAGGACCUUUUCCUAGAAAGCACUACUUUUGGUGCUGGCAUUUAGAGUAAAAAAAGGAUUUAUGUCUGAAAUAUCACCACCAAUAAAAGCCAAAAGAAACAUCUGAUUUCAUUCAUGGGAUAAGAAAACAAAAAACACAUUAGUCUUGUUAAAUGCAGCAAUUACAGCUGGGACAGCACACAAUUAGAGAUUAGAGAUUACAGAGAUUGUGCGAAUGGCUAGAGCGUCUGUGGCUGGAUUUACCAGCAAUAAAUGCUUGUCUGUGUUUGCCAACAAACCUUUUUGGUGAAAUAUAAUGAGUGGGCAAACAGGAGAUGUUAUGGUCUUGAAUAAAUCUAAAGAUGCAAUUUACACCGGGCAAAUUCAUGGUAGGUGAACAAAUUUUUAAUCCACCCAUCAUUCUGCUUUUUUAAGAUGAGGAUCACAGUGACAUCUACUCAGGGGAAGUGGACUUGUUCGAUGGUGUCCUGCGUAUUUUGCAGUCAAAAUCAGACCGUGCUCACAGCAGGCCUUUCCUGUCACCAUUCAUUCUAGUUUUGGUGAUGCAAACAGCGAGUGAACAGCAGAUAAUGGCGUGUUUGUUUUUAAGUUAUGGUACUCCUAGGCUGUCCCUCUUACCUUUGGUUCACUGCCUAAGUUGGGUGAACUGGCGGGGCUUUCCCACAUUCAAAAGAGUGAAUGUGUUUUUAGUUUUUGUGCCCUGACUGAAACAGCUCUCUUUCCAGACUGUAUUGUUUGGUUUCCUCCCACAGUCUAGGGGCUUAAUUCAGAGGCAAACUGGAGGGCUUUGCAGUCCGGGCACGAGGAGCUUGGUGGUGGCAUGAUGCUCAUUUUGUGUUAUUUAUGAGCCAGGGUCAGGGAUUGAGAUUUUUUGUUCUCAAAACAUUAAUUGAUUUGAUGGUAGAUGUGACCUUUGACCAUGUUUGCCACUAAAAUCCUCUGCACAAUGUGGACUCAGACCUAUUUCAACACAGCCUCAAGAGAAAAACCCAGACAUUAGCUUAAGUUUCUCAUCACUUAUGUGUGUUUACUUCACAAAAUCCUGAAAAAGUGAUGCAGCAUUUUAAAAUCUCUUUUUAACUUAAAAGUUUGUACAUUAACAGAAGGCAAGAUAUUUGCAGAUCAGCAUUUCAGAGUCGUCUACAUGAUGUCAUGAUGGUUAUAUAAAGCCAGAAAGCAUUAAAAGCAAGACUCGGGUCUCUGGGUGGAAGCGAGUUGAAGAAAUCCAGGUCACUGCUCUGUAAAAUGGGUGCGUGUUGUGAAGAGUGAAUGUAAGGGGCUCUCUGCGUUUCCCUUUUCUGCAUAGCCUGGUCUACACUGUCUUCACAACACCACCACUCAGCCUGAAUCAUUCCUGGAUCAUAUGAUAGACUGUAUGCUGCUUUUAGACCGAUUUCAGACACAGUCUAAUCAUGGUGUACGAUUCGAAACAAAUGUGCAACUGUUUUAAAUGAACAGAUUAGCAAUGUAAUGCAAAUCCAGUGUUAAAUAGUUUAUGGCAUAAUGUUCUUGUGACUAUGGCCUAUUCAGUAUUACUUUUUCAUCAUAGAAGUUAGCUGAGAAAAAAGCAACAACUUGUUCAACAUUGUGAAACCAAAAGUUUAGACUUUUUCAAAAAAAAAAACUGUCAAAGAAAUGCUUUGCCCCCUCCCUUUCUUGUUUUUUUCUUAAAACAGACUAGCUUCCCUAAAGUGAAAAGGCUGACACAUGCAAGUUUCAGUUGUUAAUGAAUAAAGCGCUAUUUUUAAACUUCAAAAUACCAGUCUGGUUCAAAGCUGUGGAUGUAUAAGCAAGGCCCUCCAUGACACAGGAUGGGUUUGGAAAGACCUCUGACCUUUUGAGGCAGCACCUGCAAAGAGGAGAAUAUCCUUCUUGGACCUGAUCCAUGAGAAGUAUUGCCUUUAAGCUAUGGAAACAGCUGAAAUCCCUAAAUAAAGUUCCUGUAUCAUUGUGUAAAUGUGAACAUAAAUGCGUAUAUUUACUGAUUUGAUGAGUUUGGGAUGUUAACAGACUUUGGUAAACACUCCAGGUAUUGCACUUUAAAGCCACUGUCUAACAUGUAAUUUUGGUGAUUAUUUCUUUUCAGGCUCUGAUUUCAUUCCAGCUCAGUGUCCCAUGUGGGUUUAACCCUGCAUGUCAUCACCUGAGAGGCUGCCUGAUAGCCCUCUCUCUUUGUUGUACUUGUGUGUUUGUUCAGCUUCUGAAUAGAGUCCUGCUGGCUUAGCAUGUUCUCUGUGUCUGGUGGUUUCUAGAAGCCUCUCUUUAGUCACUGUUAUCCUGAACUCAGUGAGCCGGCGUGAGCUGCUAAUAUCAAACUGCACUCACAGCCCUCGAGAGCUAUCAGUGUCUGUGGGCUGAAGCAAUGUAUGGUUUGGCUUUGAGUUUGGCGGAAAGGUUGGGCGGCUGAAAUCUGUCCAUUCCUUCCUGUCACUGACAGUCUGUCGGCAUGCAAAGCACUAGCUGCCAUCUGCUGCUGUAUAAAUAGACAGUAGUCAGAGCUGGAACAGCUGGCACACAUAGGCCAGGACUGCACCCUUUCCCACUGCUCACCAGCUAUACUGAAAACCCCACCUAAAGCCAUUUUAAUGUUACUUUCCUCUACUUUUUAGCAUGGAGUUAGCCAAAAUGCUCAGAGAAGAGAAUUGAAUAUCAUUGAAUCUAAAUUAUUCAUCAGAGCUUGAUGAUCAUUUCUUAAAUAUUUGAAACAAUAAAUCAGAUCCCCUCACUGGAGACAAAAAAAAAACAUACCAAUCUUUCCCUCAGUGAUAUGUGGAUAUACUGAGUAUCGCAGCAGGUGUUGAUGAUGUUGUUUUUUAUUGUACUGUUACCUCAGUAACUUUAAAAAUGGGAUUUAAUCUGAAAGCUGAGAAAAAGCAUGUUUAAGUUAUGGUUUUAUGCAUGUUAAGACAGCCUCCAAAAAAAAACCUGGACAAGUAAACACAAGUGACCAAAUUUAGCUUAGCACAGAAGUUUUGUAGAACUUAAUUGGAGUGUAUUAAUGACAUAAACUUUGAAAGUUUCUUUUUUCUUCAUGCAACCUUCACUUUUUAUUAAAAAAGAAAAGGAGAGGGGGGCUGUGUGAGAGUGAAAAGGGUCUUUGUGAGGGAACUGGACACAUUAAGCCUUGUCAUAACAGAUUACCUAAUGUGUUUUGCAGGCUCAGUUGUCAGUUGCAAUACCCUGCAUUCAAUGCAUUGUUCUGGUGUCUUCCUGUGCUUUUCCCCCUCUCGUCUCUGCCCAGUUGGAAGACAAAAAUGACGUGAUCAGCCUUCUUAGCAGAAACAGAGGAUUUGUUAGUGGGAACGGAGUGCCCUCCAUCACAGAUCAACUAAUUACUUUGAUGCAGUGAUUCAUUCAAUGCAUAAUCAUAUCAGUUAUAGGAAGUUCACUGUAGUUUUUUUUGUCUGAGACCAUGACUAUAAUGGGGAGUCUAAUUUUGAAUGCUUGCUUCUCUGAUUAGACAAACUCAUCUGCCAGUCCAGAAAUUUCCAUGAGGAUUUUGGCAGGAGCACUCAGAAGAGUUGCUCUGUUGAUAAUUAUAAAUUAAAGGCCAGAAGAUAUAUCCUUGACCAGACGCUAAAGUUCACCUCGUCCAAAGGCAUAAUCUAGAUACCGCAUGUUAGUUUCUGUUUUGGAGAUGUUGUAUGUCCUGUGUUGUGGCUGCAGCAGGCUCAGCUGUUUGUCAAAUGUGCGCAGCAGUGCUCACACACUACUUUUAGCCCACAGCUUUGAGCUGCAUCCAGUGUCAACUCUGUCACCUGUGCCGCAGCCCUGGCAACCGAGCAAUCACACACACCGUCCCAGAGAUACUGGAUACAACAGGCAGAGUGUUUCUGAGGCCACCUCAGAAUGGGCCUCAUCUAACCUAUGAGCUCUCUGUUGAAUAUUUUACAACCAUAUGAAUGUGUUUGUGGUAUGGCUCGAACCGCAAGUUAAUGCCAACAGCCGCUAUGCUUUACACUCAUGUAAAACAUGUGCAUUGAUAAUGUUGUGUGUGUGAUUGCGUGCUGUCUGUGUUUUCUAAAAGGCUGUUUGCCAACAACAGUCCUACAAAUACAGUUAAUAUCCUCAAUAUUUAUCAAAUAACAUCACAUAUCACAUAUCUUCCAUAGGCAUAUGGAAACCUUUUGUCUUAACUCCCAUGAGUAGCAGUGAUCUGUCUGUAUUAAGCUUUUCCAAAUAAAGAAACCACUAUCUGAUAGGUAUUUAUUUUACCAUAACUUUAACCAUAAUCUUCUUAGUUGUUUUUUCUCAAAACAAAACGGCCACACUAAAUUAAAACGGCAGCAGAGAACAUUGAACAGGAGAGAUCCAAAAACAAGCACUACAUUAUAAAAGAGGGACCUAAUGAGCAUGCUCUACAGCUCAGUGUGUGUGUCUGUGUGUCUGUGUGUUUGUCUGUGCCAGAGUGAGCAGAAGAGCAAGCAGAGGGUUUAGGUAAAUUCUCAAAAAAACAAAUAAACAAAUAGACUAAACACUUGGAAGUGAUGUCCAAGUAAAGGCUAUGGAGGAGAAAAGCUGGAUGUUGGUUACCAAGGUAAUAUUUCUCCUGUAAACAGCAGCCUGAUGAGUGAAAGGGGGAAAAACUAACCUUACUAUUAUUAUUACUAAGUCCUUACUAAGACAGGCAGCAGCAGCACUCCUGUCAACCUUCAUAUGAAAUAAUGACAAGUUCAAGCCACCCUAUACUGAGGUUUGAUGGGCUAAUUCUGUAUAUUUUAUAAAUACCUCUUGACCAAAGAAUAAACACAUUUAGACCCCCAACUUCCUUUAAUAAAGAGUUGUUUUGUAGUACACUGCUGACUUACUGACUCUACCUGUCUCUAAAUUAUACUGCUAGUUAACGCUACCCAAAACAUCAUAUCGUUAGACAAGGAGAGUUGUAUUUGUCUGAAUUUAGCUUGAAAACUAGUGGUUUACAUAACCGUUGCAGACCAUUAUUCAAUCAAAUGUGUUUUACUUUGCUGUGGUUCCUUGUCCCACUAAAUGUAAUCAGUUAUGUCAUGUUUGAAUGAUCAUAAAAUCAGUCUUCUGAUGUAAUGGUUCGGCCUGUUUAUUUGUGGAAAUGGCAGUCUGUUACCAUGUGAGUGAGUUAAAUGUUGUGAAUGUAAUGAGUGAAAUAGCACAAUCAGAGGAGAGCUGUUACAUCACACUUCUGCCUGUAUGCACACAGACCCCGGGGAAACUAUUAAACUUCCUCAGUCUUGCUGAAAGAAGCACAUGUGGUAAUUGCAAUUCUGCACAGAUAUUAUUUCUCAGAGGUUCCCGUAGGAGCUCAUCUGUUUGUUCUGCUUUGUAUUAUAUUCUAUAUACAUUUGUUUAAUGCCUUUAUACCCUUUCUGAUGAUUGCAGACAGGCAUCGAUCAGCUUGAACAGCUCACUGGUGAUUACCAGAAGAGAGAGGAGGAUAUGAUCAGCCAUUUUAGACCUUGUUUGUUGUUGGUCUCAGGUGAACGAGGCUGGCUUUUAGUCCCCAUCUGGUGCUCAGAGCCAGACUAACAGCCUAAUUACUGAGGGGGGUCUCCUUGCUUUCCUGGCUGGAUUGUAGGCCCCAUAUUGAACGCUGGAGCACAAAAUGUUUGCGGGCUACAACCAGCUGAGUGAAACUCUUUAGAUAGCAGGAUGUGGUUAGUUAACUGGUACCCACCCUGCCUAAAAAUGAAGAGCUCCUGUGGAGAACCAGCAUCCAGACAGACUGAUUCUCUGCUGAAUAGGAACUGAGAAAGAAGAGCUGUGAUUUUUUUGGAUGAUUAAGCAUUUAAGUGACGUCCUUAUACCACCCUGUAGCUUGUGUCGGGUUUACUCAUUUUACCAAAGCUUAAUUUUGAAUGUUUUUGGCAAAACUGAACAAGAAACCCAAAAUUGAAGGGCAGGGUCAUCAGAGAUAGUUGACAUACGUAGAACUGAAUAAACAGCAUUAAAAACAUGUUCAAAGAAUCUGGGUUAAGUGGCUGUUUCAGAGCAGCCAUGGCUGUUCUUUUGAACCUUUAUUGUAAAUAUUGCAGUGCCAGGGUUUGUGGCGUGGGAAGGGUCCUCCACUUAUUCAUCAAGUCUGCUCUGUUCUGCCUAAGGAUAUGAAAUAAAGUUCUCCAAACAAAACGGAUAUAUGACAAAGAUACCAUUUUGAAUUCAAAUCACAUUUUCAAGCUCUUCCUCUAUUUACUCUAUUUAUUGCUGACGUGUCUCAAGGAGAAAGUCUGUCCUCCUGUCCUGACUAAAAGUCCUGAAUUAUUCAUAACAUCUAUCCUCCCAAAGACUGUUUGAAACCGUUUAAGAAAUUCACUUUCUCGAAAUAAAUGCAUCUUCCACACAUUUGCAUUUAAUCUGUUUGUAUAAUUCAUGUUUAUGUUUAGUCUGGAGGUUUGCAGACCUCAGACGUGCUUAAGUGCUGAAAAGGUACUUUGAGGAUAAAAUGUUUGUCAUUUUAAAUUUGAUUCUAUUAAGUGUUGAGUUUAUAAAUGAUUCAGGUAUAGGUUUUGUGUAGUGAAAGUAUUCUCUGUAAUUUCUCAUGGAGUCUGACAUUUUAAGUAGCUUAAUGUCUUAGUGACAAAUCCUAAAGCUUUUCCUACUAUGGCUUUCCCAUGUCUGUGGGAUUAGAAUCCUGAAAUCACUGCUUCAUUAAUCUGUAAUUGACCAUAAACCUGUAUUUAACUUCCCUGUAUGGAGCUUCGUCGGCGCAGCAACAGGGAUGCUUGAGGAGGGAGAAAACAGAAUGCAAUGUGCUGCAUCCUCCCCUUCUGUGCCAAGUUCAGGUUGUUAUGGCAACCAGAAUCUGGUCCCGUACCUGUUGCCAUGGUUGAGAAAGUCAGAGUGAUGACGUUUCUUAAGCAGCAGAAUGCGUCUGCCAUUUUAAAUCCAGGAUGCGACUCUGGUGGGAAUAUGAACUAUGAACGGAAAGCAGAGGAAUUUUAGUUAGUGGCUGUUACUAUGGACUGGCACCAACAUCGAUGUGGUUUGUAAUUGUGCUGUAAAGGUGCUGGUUUACAAAGCGAAUCAAGUAACAUGUUCAACUGAGACAUGAAUGGCCCAUUUCUUCAAACAUGACUCACAUACUCGAUCAGUCGGAUGAAUUUACGUUUGGAUGGCAGGCAGUAAAAUUCACCUCCUUAUUCCUCACUCUUUCACAUGAGAGUGUAAUACUCUCAUGUGAAAGAGUGAAGUCACGCAGUAGUAAGGUGUACACUGACAAGUGGGAUAUUAAUGGGACAUAUGAUAUAAUUUUAGAUGCCACUCAUGUAGAACUCUUCACUGCACCUUUGCCUUUUUUGUUCGUGGAUGAGACCCACUCUCAUGACGACAGGACCACACUGGUGAUGCAGCUAUCUGUUUGGAGAGCAAUGAAGUGGGCAAAUGAAUGAGACAUUCAUACCACAUUAUGAGCAUGAUUCACCUUUCAGGAGAUUUAGGCCUUCUCCCACUAGCUGAUACCACGUAGCUUUGCUGUCGUUACAGCACCACAUUUACUGAUGUUACUUAUUAGAGAAAGUGAGGAGGUGUUAAAGCCAACAGACAGGUUAGAAAGUGACAACAUAGCAUGUCUUGACAGGAUAUAAUCAUGGUUCUGAGAAAGUCGUUUUUUUCUGAGUCAGUUUGCUGACCUGUCAUGGGUGUCCUCCUCUGAACAUGCCCACACGUGUCACUGUCUCUUCAUCUUUCUACUUUUACUGCCAAGCUGCCUCAUUGACACUCGAUGACACUGAAUUAGGCUGCCCUUUCAUAAUUAGCUACUGUAGAUUGUUCCAGGAAAGAGGAAUAGGAGCACUGGUAACCUGAAUCCCCCUUCGUUUCUUCAUACCCUGGCUCCAGUUUCCUUUUGGAGGCAGGUCAAAGGUGAAAUUUGGCUUUAUUUAGCCACCUGUCUAGCUGUAUCUUCUUCCAGUGCCCAAUAUGGAAGCCAGGGCUCCAUCUGUGCACCUUAACCUGUUUGAAGAUUGUAUGAGUUACAUCAAAUGCAUUGUUUUUACCUGUGUUAGGCUGUAGCUAUACUAGUUAGAUUGCAGUAGCAGCUGCUACCAUCAUCAGACAUUUAGCAUGGAGCAGUUAGAGUCCUGGUUUUCAGAGGACACGCUGUGCUUUUUCUGUCAGCAUGUGACCUGUGGAGGGCGAUAUGCAAUCCCUGUUUCUCCUCAUCUCCUGCAUUAUUGAUAAGUGUGCUGAAAUCCUCAGAGAGCGUGAGACACUCUGUUGGCAACAUCUUGAUUCAAGUGCCUCACAAGCACCCUCAAGUCAAGAGGCCAGACCUGGAAUUAAUUUGUCCAUUAACAAAAUUACGAUUGGCAUGAAUCAGAGCGAUUAGCUGCUUUGUGGAACAAUGGAGAUUUCCUUUGAAGGAGAGUACAUUAUCUUGAUGUACACAUUGUAAAUUUCCAUCUGAGAUACAGAUUCAGUUUUUCUUUUUGUUCUGCCUUUGGUUUCUAUUGUGGCUCUGUUUGGAUUGUUGCUAGGCCAUCGAACACACCGGUUACUUUCAGUCUCUCAAACACUUUUUUUUUUCUCCAGCCCAUUAAAUGUUCUCCUUUCUUCACCUCCCCCCUCAGUUCUGACAGCCGAGGUAUGCAUAUUCUGUGCAGUCUAAGCAAACUCUACAUUUACAGGAGCUUUACUCAAUGAAAAAGCAGUUUGUCUCAGAGGGUGAUUUGAGAAGCAACUGGUGUUUAGAAUAUCGACAAAUCUCCUCGGUAAAUUCCCAGUCUCCUCCUCUCUUUCGGUCACAUUUCCAUUGCACAGUGUGGAAAGCUUUGACACAGGUCUCAGGGGUACCAGCAAGGAUGGUUGAGAGGGAUAACAUGCCAGGCGUGGCUGCAGAUUCUUGUUCAUUAGGAGAUGUCUGUGUGGCUGUCAGGAAUGACUGGAUGGUGCAGAAAUAUUGUGUCAUCAUGUCUUUUGAACAGAUGGUCAUGAUAAAGAGGCAGCAAUACUUCAGUGUGUUUAACUCUAUCUCUUUAUUGUUUGUCUAUUUUUGACUGUGUCUUUGCUGAACGUAACUACGGAAGACUGCUGUUUUUGCAACCUAAGCAAAAACUGAGCACUAUGGCCCUUGAACCGUCACUGGUUCAUGUGACUUUAGGCUCCAAACAUAUCACUUUAAGUGCUCUGAUUUAGGAACAGGAUAUUGGAAAACCCUCUAUCUGCACACCAGAAUAUAAAAGUUACAAAAUUAAUGAGCAAAUUAUAACUUUUUGAGUAUUCAAAGAAAUCUGGUGCAUAAAUAAAGUCCUUAAUUUGUGGCUCAAGCUAAAUCAGAUGUUAUCAACCGCAUUACUAAUUCUGUUCUUUCCCCACAGCUAUUUCCAACCCCAAAGCCCCCAAAGAACCAGCAAAGACCUUCAGUUUUGAUUACUCCUAUUGGUCACACACCACAGUAAGUUUAUCUUCUGUUGUUCUCCUAAACCAAACAGAUCAUAUCCACAACUACAUCUUUUAAGAAUCUUGUUUAUUUUCAUUUAUAACUGUUUUUUUUCCCCCACAGCCAGAGGACCCCAGCUUUGCAUCACAGAACCUUGUGUACAAUGAUAUUGGCAAAGAAAUGCUGCAGCAUGCUUUUGAGGGAUACAACGUUUGCAUUUUUGCCUAUGGCCAGACAGGAGCUGGCAAAUCAUACACCAUGAUGGGCAAGCAGGAGGAGGGACAAGAAGGAAUCAUUCCUAUGGUUUGUUCUUCAACGCAUCCUUUUGAUUUUGGUUUCCCAGACAGAUUGUCCAAUGCGAACUGCUCACUCAAACCAUUUAAUUUUAAUCACAUCUCCUAAAUCUUAUUGAGAUUUUAAUGUUAGACAAGAUUAAUAUCUUCAAGUUCUGUGGUUGUUUCCUACUAUGAGUUGUCAGUCUUCCAUGUGAAAAACAUCCAGCCCUAUAUUGGGUUUGAAUUAGAAAUUUUAUGGCCAUACAAACAGUUUUUUUUUCUUCGCUUUUUGUCCAACUUUGAAUACAUUCAUCUCUUCUGUGUGUUCCUCUAUUAUAAUAACAGGAAUGUCUCAUCUGCUAAUGUUACUGCUUAUGGAUUGGCUAUGUAUUCAAACAGAUUAUUAUGAAUCAGUAGGUCCACGAACCCUAUUCAUCCUCCUUUCGUCCCACCUUACACCCUGUUAAUUUGCUCUAAACAUCCUCCGUCUCUGCCUUUCAGCUCUGUGAAGAUCUAUUUGAGAAAAUCAAUGAAGACACCAACAAAGAGGAGCUCUCCUACUCAGUGGAGGUGAGUCUCAGACUGCUUAGGCAUUUGUAAUCCCCAUUCUCAUCCCUCACCUCUGACUCUUGUGUUGGCCUGUCUCUAAUGAACCAAUACUCCACCUCUCCUGACAGUGAAUCUGAUAAAAGUCAGACAUCAAUCACACAUCGACUGAAACUGCUUAAAGAUCUUUGGUUUUCUGAGCACAGUUUUCACCUUUUUUUGACUGGAAGACAAAUGGAAGUCUUUAAACAGCAUAUUAUUCCCACCUGUACCAACAAUAACACAGAAAAUAAAGCUAGUACAACAUUUACUGCUAUACACUAGGGGUGGGAGAAUAAAUGGAUACAGCAUAGUAUUGUAAUAUUUUGUCUGAUGAUAUAUCGUAUUGAUUUUUUUUUCAAAUUAAUUGUUAAUAUGAAGGCAAAUCUAUGAUAAUGGAGAAAAAAAUCAACGUUUGUCCAGUGAGGUUGGCAGAGGUCCCAUCAUAGAGCAGGAGAAAGUAGUGCAACAAAUAUAGCAGCACCUGGGGAAAGAAGUUAGGACCGCUAGCAGGGCACAAGUGAGAUGGACCUCACACAUGAGGUUUGCAAGAUGUGCUACAUGAAGAUGGAAUACUGUGUAAAUAAGAAAAAUGUAACAGAAAGCCAAAUGCUAAAUUAGCUAAACAGUUGAAAAAUUGCAUAAAUCAUAAUAUAUUGUAUCGCAAUACUUACUGAUAGCAAAAUGUUAAAAAUCACAAUAAUAUAUCAUGGCCAAGUAUCGUGAUAAUAUCGUAUUGUGGUAUCACUGGUGUUUCCCACCCCUACUAUCUACUGUGUGUACACAAUGUUGAUGUAUGCAUCAUGAUAUUGACCUGAGGUACCUGAGCUGUUACUUAUUAUUGGUUCUAGGUCAGUUACAUGGAGAUCUACUGUGAGCGUGUGCGAGAUUUGCUCAACCCAAAAAACAAAGGGAACCUACGAGUGCGAGAACAUCCGCUGCUGGGCCCCUACGUGGAGGACCUUUCCAAGCUAGCUGUAACCUCUUAUACAGAUAUCGCUGACCUGAUGGAUGCAGGCAACAAGGCCAGGUAAGCAAAGCUAAGGGAUCAAGCAGAGGCCAGGAUAAGAGUUGAUAGUGGUGAUUAUACCUGUAGCUGUGAGGAUGUGAUCAUCCAAGUUUUCAGAGGAAUCAGCUGAUAGAGGCUGAACGUAGUUUGGUAUCAGGAAAUAUUUACGCCACAGUUUUUUUACAGUUUGAUUGCUGGUGUUGAUCAAAGAGCAGCAAGUUAUAUUUAUAAAUCCUUAUGGCCAACUCUAAUUGAGGCUUGACCUGAACGUUUGUGAUUUUUUUUUGUAGAAAGUCUCUCUUUAUGAAGUGAUUAUUUCUCUGUGAAUUGAAUCCAUGUUCUGUUUAAGUGUGUGAGUGUCACGAGAGCGACUGUGGGGAGGAGUGAACCCUGCCUUAAUCUUCCUGUGCUGACUCACAAGGCUUAUUUCUAGAACAUGGCGUGAACAGCCAUAUCUCCCUGGUGGCUGUCCCUCUGAGUGUGCCUUGUGUGUAUUUGUAUUCAGUGUCCUCACAGUAUUAUCCACCCACUCCUUACAAAGUAAUCCUUUCGAGUCAAUUCACUCUAAUAAGCAUAAAACCCAGUGAUGUUAGCUCCUCUCAUAGCCAAGACCACAAAUGUUGAAUUGAUGAUACAGAAUAUUUGAUUGAAGUGCUCAGAAAAUGUGUUACAGAUGCACCUUUUUGUUAUUUUUCACCCUGCCUGUAUGUGCUAACUUACAGAACUGUGGCUGCCACCAACAUGAAUGAGACCAGCAGCAGAUCACAUGCUGUUUUCACCAUCGUCUUCACACAGAAGAAACAUGACAGUGAAACAGACCUCUGCACAGAAAAGGUCAGAAGAUCCUGCAUUGAUAGCACACCCCUGUUAUGCCCAAUAUACAUCUUUGAUCUGUCACACUCGAAAUGAUAAACUCAUCACUCACUCUUUAUCUCCAAGCUGCUAAGAUUCUCCCAACUAACUGAGUAUUUUGUUGGGCUAAAUUGUCCUCAGUCAGUCAGUCAGUCAGUGGUGGUAUGAGGAGGAAAGAGAGCCAUUUUAAGUUUGACUUUUAGCAUUUCCUCCAACUGCUGAGGAACAAAGACCACUGUGUUAUUGCAAACACAAUGCUCAUUGUAUUCAGCUGCCUCAUCAGUUUGACUGCCAAGCUGCAUCUAAGUUGAAAUGUUUGGAAUAGUUUAUUUGUGAACUAAUUCUUGGAAAAGAUCCUCACCUUUGCACAUUGUUUAAGUAAUAUUCUCUGAUGAUUUUAGAUAGUUAUUGUGGAAGUUUCUAUUAUUCAUAGCCUGUCUGCCUCUAAAAUGCAUUAACCUCCUCUCCAGGUCAGUAAAAUCAGUCUGGUAGACUUGGCUGGAAGUGAACGUGCAGAUUCCACUGGAGCUAAAGGCACCAGGCUAAAGGUAAGACUAAUCAUCAAAACACCCUGACAUUAAUAUCAUCUGAUAUAUUAUUAUAUUAACUGAUCUUUAUUUGCAGGAGGGAGCAAACAUCAACAAAUCUCUCACUACAUUAGGAAAGGUUAUCUCUGCCUUGGCUGAAGUGGUGAGUGUUCAUUUUAAGUUUUUUUCCUUUACUCCUCCUCUUCUCCUCUUUUUUCUCUUACCCUCUUCAGCCCUCUCUUUAUGAGGAAUUGAUGUUUGUAGUCUGGCAUGCAGUAAUGUCUGCCCUUCUGUUUUCUCUUCUUUUGUCCUGGUAAUGCUUGCUUACACAGGAUAACUGUACCAGCAAGGUAAACCUUUCGAAAGCUCAACCAUUAACCCCUGAUUCCUGUAACGAGACAGAUUUGUCUGCCAUUUGCAAUCUUCAGGGUUCUGUCACAAAUGCUUUCAUCACUUUAUAUCAUCACUUCUUUAUAUCUGCAUUCAUGAAGAUCCACAAUUUUAGCAGCUCAGCAAAAGCUAGUUGAAUCAAGCCCAUGACUCAUUUUACCUGACCCCCUAUCUUGUCCAUUACAUCUAGUGUUGUAUAGCACAGUCCAAACAGAAAGCUUUUCAUCAAGUGUGGUUUUAUUCUGCCUGCUAAAUUAAUGUGUGUUUAUUUCAGAGCAAGAAAAAGAAAAAGAGCGACUUCAUCCCCUACAGAGACUCUGUCCUGACAUGGCUGCUAAGGGAGAACCUGGGUAUGAACUCAAAUAGAACCUGAAGAACUUCCUUUCCAUGUGGGCUAGGGUGCAGUUGAUGUCAACAAACUAUGAAAAAAUCCUAGAUAUCAAUUUUUUUGGAUAGCAAGAAAAAUCAAAAUGUCUAUAAUCUGCUAUAAGAAGUGGGUGUUUGGAAAAAAAAGAGCCAGGUUGGUGUUAGAGGACACUAAUCUUCUGAUAUUAGCUGAGCACAGUCAGCAAACUGUAUUUCAACAUAAUGUGGCAAGCACAACGAGCAUCUACUGACCUUAGACAUGUACAGAGGACAGAGUAUCUUCAGUCUUAGCUGACACAUGUUGUAGACUGCAUUUUAGUGUAAUGAAACUGAAGCCGUACUUGCAUUGAUUAAGUACUCAGCACUGAUUCAUUUUGUCUGAAGAAUUUCAGUGUAAUCUCAGUUUCUCACAUUUAUCAUAUUCAUCUGAUGGGUUUUCAUUCUUAUUGUCAUGCAUUUGACCCUCUGGGGGUUUUGUUUGUUGACAGGUGGGAACUCAAGAACAGCCAUGGUGGCAGCCCUCAGUCCCGCAGACAUCAACUAUGAUGAAACUCUCAGCACUCUCCGGUAAGAUUAUAGGUUAAAAUGUAAACAACAACAGCAGUCAAGUCUGUACAACUGCUCGCUUUGCUCUUCCACUAUGACUAAGGUAUUUUUCCAUUCUGUGUUUAGCUAUGCUGACCGAGCCAAGAACAUCAAAUGCAAUGCUGUCAUCAAUGAGGAUCCUAACAAUAAGUUGGUGCGUGACCUGAAGGAUGAAGUGGCUCGACUGAAGGAACUGCUCCGUGCUCAGGGCCUGGGAGACAUCCUGGACAGUGAGUUUAGUGCUCUCAUGCCAGACACUAUCUGUAGCCAAACAGCAACAUUUACUUUCUUUCUUGGAGUCUUCCAAUGCUGGAAACACCUUCUUUCUACUUCACUGUCUUGUUUCUCUAAAUUAUCCAACUUGUUUUCAUCUCUGUGUUGUUCCUGAGCUGAGCAGCACUAAAAGCAGCUUUUAGGACCACACAUACCAAGUAACAGGCUCAUUCUGCCUCUUAACCAGAGGAAAAAGGAUGAUUUGUAUUCAGUAAUGUAGGCUGUAUUUUCCAGAGGAUGGGAAAUGUAAAGUUGAAGUUUUUUAGACAAUAUAGUUGUUUCAUUGAAUCACAGUUUCUUUAGUCCCAUGUAGCUCAUGUGGACAAACUACAUGAAUGAUAGUUCAAAGUUACAUCUAAGUGUCACACUUCAAUGGCUGUACACAAAAUUGAUGCCUCAUAGCCUUGUUAAUUAGAGACAUAAUACACCCCUUAAUAACCUCUAAUUUCUAAAUUGAUGUAUAACUUGCCUACUUGCUAAUGACUGCUCACAUCAUGCUUAAUGACAUGGCACAUGACAAGCCAAUUAAUGCUUUUUCUUCUCAUUCACAUGAUCCUUCUCAUCCAACUCACUGAGAAAUGUCUGUAACAUUUUCCUCCCAUUCUACUGACUCUGACCUCUGACCCUUCUCAUCUCUUCCUGCCUCCCCUCAGUUGAUCCUAUGGGGGAUGAUUACCCAGGAAGUGGAAUCAAAUGUGUGUAUAUGUGUGCUGGUUCUGAAUCACUUUUUGCCUUAUUAACAAUUGCUAACAUUGCUUAUGCCCCCAUCGCGCUGUAUCUCCAAUCUGCUUCUAGCUUUGCAUGUAAAUGCUAAAAGGGCAAAAGCUUAAGCUUAAAAGGAGAAUCAGAAAUGCAAGGCUUCAGUAGGUGUCCUGAUCUGGCAAGGGCUAGCAUGCCACUAGGUUAGCAUGCUUAAUGCUUGUGCUUCUGUUUCUUUUUCUAGCUUAGAGGGGUAAGGUAGCUAUUUGCAGACUCAAACGUAUCACACGUUACUUUUGGAAUAUCCCUUUUGGAAACAUUACUUUAAGAAUAGCUUGUCUGUCUACCCCAACCCCCAAAGCACCUGCAACAUUUCCUUUCCAUACCAGACUUUGACUCACCCACUCAAGCUUCUUUUCUUGACUGUGGUAUUUCUGCUUUUGAUUUUGAUUUCUUUUACUAACCCUGGGCUGCAGCUGACAGCGCUCAAAGCUUUAGAGAGCCUCUUCUCUGUUCUCAAACUGAGUCUCAGAGCUACAGACGCAAAGGUGCAUGAUUUUAAUAUUUCUAGUAGCCUCACCAGAGUAGUGUGUCAAGAUUGGAUAGACCAGAUGUGAUUCAGUAGUUUCCUUGUGUGCUCCCUCGUGCCCUAGUAAUCCUAAUUUAGUUAAUCUGGAAAGUGUUCAUCCACUUUACCUGUGUGCACGGUCAAACCAUCGACUUUGAAGCUGUUCUAUCAAGUCACUUUGAUAUUGGGUCCUUGUGUAUCCACCUAAUUUUUACAACCUGGAAACCCUUUAAUUGGUGCACAUUUGUACCUCAGGUAUUUUAUGAUGUAUCAUUUUGAUCCAAACUUUACCUUUUUGGUUCAUUUUGAAAUUGUAAUUUUUGAGAGCAGUCUGUUUUACAUUAAAGGUCCUUCAGAUCCUUAUAUUGACAGGAGCUGCUUGACCUUUAGUGAUGCUGCUGUGGAGCAGCUAUAAUUGAUGUUUGAGAGUGUGUGUGUGUGUGUGUGUGUGUGUGUGUGUAUGUGUGUGUGUGUGUGGUGAAUCAAACUAGUCAACUGCUGGCUGAACUUUGGCAGCAUGUGUCGAUGACCUUCUUCUGUCCUCCCUCUGGGCCUUCUUGCGGUUUCCAUCGUCCUCCCAUCCUGUAGUUGUUACACUGAUAGCAGUUUUCACACAGUGUGCUUUUUAUUCAAGUGAAGGGUUCAGGACCAAAGCAAAAGACAACAGAUGACAUUAUUACCCCUUCCUCAGAACUGGACAUACUGCAGAUUCAUUGUUCAGAGUUGACUCCUCUUUUGGUGAACAUGGAAACAGCUCAUUGGAAACCCUCAAACAGAGUAGACUCUAAAGUUUAAUAAAUGAACUCAACUUAUCAAAAGCACCUGGAAUGAAAACUGCUGCUCCCUGUAGCUGACCAUGAUCCUGUUUUUUGUCUUAACCCUUUGAUGUACAAUGUGUGUCUUACAUUGGUCUUCCCUCCCUUUGUCUUUUCUCUUUCCCCAUCUCUUUCUCUCUUUCUCUCUUCUCUUGUUUUCCGGUUCUUUAAUUUUAUGUGGGUUAUCCUUCCUUACCCUGUCCUGGGUCUCUCCCGUCCCUUUCUUGUUCUGUGCUUUUUCCUCUCCCUUCUUCCUUCUCUUCUGCUGUUGGCUCAGACCUCAAAGACAUUCAGAACAAUAAGAAUAGAUACUUGAUAGCCUCAGAGAACCAACGCCCUGGCCAUUUCUCCACAGCCCCUAUUGGUUCCCUGACAGCCUCCCCAUCUUCUGGCUCACUGUGCAACCAGGGUGGCCUUCAGUCGGUCACCAGCAUCCAGGAGCGCAUCAUGUCCACCCCUGGAGGAGAGGAGGCUAUCGAGAGACUGAAGGUAACGUUGGACUGCAGUACACUUGUGUUCCCUGUGAUGGGAGAAGGAGAUUCAGCCCCUAAUAAGUUCAUUUCCAUCAACUUAAUAACCAGAUUUAUCAAAAGACUUCUUACAAUUUACUUUCAUAAUGAUGAAUGUUAAGUUUCCUCCACUGGCUCUUUCUGUAUCUGUCCCCUAAACUGCCUAGUAUGAUAAAUAUGUAAAUAACACAAGUGUGUUGGUGCCUCUCUGAGUACGUAUAUGUUAGUAUCACAUUGUUUUAUAAUUACAUAACCUGUAACCACAUAUACCUCGUAAUCUAUCUGUUUUUAGUGCUCUUGUGAUGUUUUAGUUCUCUCACGCUCUCUCAUCCUCGCUCUGUUGAUGAGGGAGCACAUACGAUUGCAACUCCUAACCAUGAGGAGCUGCUGUUUCCAUAGAAACUGGGGUGCCCAGUCUGUCUGUCAUCCAAUGACGUCAAGAACAGACGCAGAUAUGGAGGGAACUGGACCAAAAUAGACCCUGUCGUAUUGGCUCUCAGAUCUAUUAGUCAGACACGUAAUAAUGCCGUUCUAUAAUCCUUCAUAGCAUUGGAGCUAUUUUUAAGUCAUCCAGAAAGGUGACUACAUUUGAGGUCACUUUAACAAUGCUUAGAGAAGCUUACAUGUUUUUCAAUACUGUCCAGAAUGAUAUCUUAAACUGUAUGCUGCGUAUUAAACCUUUAUAGACCCAAACACAGACAUAUUUCAACAUCCAAAAGAGCGGAUGGUCGAGGACCUAAUUGCUCUUAAAAUUAAAGGAGAGGCACAUGUGAUGGUUUAAAUCACAUUCUAAUUUGUUUAAGGAAAUAAAAAUCACAAAUCAGUGUUACCUAGGUUAAUACACCAUCCAGUUUCUUUACUAAUGGUUCAGAUUAGAUACUAUUGGUGUUUUUCUGACUCAUUUUCCCUCCUUUUCCAGGAAUCAGAAAAGAUCAUUGCUGAGCUCAAUGAAACCUGGGAAGAAAAACUGCGAAAGACGGAGGCAAUCCGCAUGGAGAGGUCAGUAUUGGCUGACAAGUUCGCAUAAGUGUCCUCAUUCAAUCCAUCUGUGCCCUGUCAGUGUAUGAGACUGAACUACAGGGGUGUUUUCAGUCUUCUCUGACCCUCUGAACUAUCCGUCUCACUUUCCUCAUCUAGAAAGUCUUACCCCCCCCCCCCCCCACACACACACACACACACACACACACACACACACACUCCAUUUCUCUUCCUGUCUCUGUCGUCAUUCUCUGCUGAACAAAAGGCUCUCUCACACCCAUUAACCACUCAUCUGUGGCUGCAGAUGUCAAACACGUUACUUUUCAUCCUCUGGGUCUCACCCAGGCCACUCUAUUUUUGCUGUCACACCAAAUCCUUUACUCUAUGUUGCACACAUCAUCCCUCCUCAACAAAAAAACCCUUUGAAAAUCAAUGUCCAGAGUUGAUCUUAUUUCUCCUAGCAAGAAAAACAUAAGCACAACGUUGAAGACAAAGGCACCAAUAAAGCCAGCUUGAUUGUUCUAAGUAUGAAAUGUUUUUUCGUUGCAGAGAGGCCUUGCUUGCAGAGAUGGGUGUGGCGAUCCGUGAAGAUGGAGGCACUUUGGGAGUCUUCUCUCCUAAAAAGGUAGAACAGACAUGAGCACAGACACUCGUGUUGGCAGGGGACUGUUUCCAUUGGGUGGUGAUGCGCACUCUUCCAUCAUCACUUCCUCACUUCUGUUUCCCAUGUUAUCUUUUUUUGCCAUGAGCACCCGUCCUGUACCUCUGUCUCUGUUUUUUUUUUCUCACGUAAUCACACUGUCUGUCCUUCCACCCCUUUGUUAUUUGCUUCCUCCACGUACUCAGCUUAGCCAUGAAAUCUCGUUUGAUGAGCGGCUUGAUUGUUUCCCCACCAAGAAGGUUUGUUUAUUUUUCAUGGCAGCAUAUUCCUCGCAGUAGAUGUAGUCCUAUAGGUGAGUGUGGUCUGGCCCUUUAAGAGUGAUUGAACAUCCAAAAUGAUACGCAGUAUACAAUGCAGGUUAAAUACUGAUGAUUUUGAACUACACUUUAAAACAUCUGCAGUAAAUCAUCUCACUCCUGGUAUUUUCAACAUAACGUAAAUCUAACUCAAACCUAAAAAUUGGGGGUAAUAUUAAGAUUUAAUAAGUGUUUCUGAGUUUGACUAUGAUAAUUAUUAAAAAAUUUUGAAAUUACAAUCUUCUUGUCUCGCUUAUCUAGUGUAGUACUAGAGGAAUAUUGUGGAACAGCUACAUAGAGGUCAGUUGGUUUGAUAAUAUGAUAAUAUAAGUUCUUGUCAGAAGAGUAACCAUUCAGGCAGAGAGAGAUUUGCGGUCUUUCUGUCUCGGAUUCUUUGGUGCCAGUUGUCUCUAGAUCAGUGCUGAUAUCAGAAACAUCCCCCCCUUUGAUAACAAUCCCUUUUAGGCAUUUUCAUCUCCUUCCUCUGCUGCUAACUGAUGUACUGUGGUGUAUUCCCUUUUGUUCGCAUCUUUCUUUCUUCCAUUCAUUUUUUUCUCUCUUUUCACUCACUGCCUCUUCCUGGGUUAUGGUUUCGUUGAGAAGCAGUGUGAUCUUUAUACAGACUUUAAUGGGGUGUUUUCCCCCAAAAAGGUUGGUGAUUUAGCUCAGUAGCUGCUUUGUUGGAGAUGGUACUGUGAUGUUUGAGCUUUGUCAUUGUUUCUGUAUUUAGUAAAACGUGACUGUCAGUGUCUGUCUUUGAAAUAUAGACUGUGGCCGCUGGGUUAAUAUCUCUAGUAUUGAUGCAGUUACAACACUGCUGGAUAUUGAUGUGGACAGUCUGUGGGAAAUCAUCUUCUAUUAACUCUGUGCUUCUUGUGUUUCAUCUUCAGACUCCACAUCUGGUGAACCUGAAUGAAGACCCUCUCAUGUCAGAGUGUCUGCUCUACUACAUCAAAGACGGAGUAACCAGGUAAUGAAAAAAAAACAAACAAACUGAAGGGUGAUGCUGAAAUGCUUUAGAUGUUGUUGAAAGGUUUUGAAUUUUUUCCACCUGAACGAUGUCCUAGAAGUCAAUUUUGUGUUUCAAUUUAUCUCCUUCCUUCAGUCUGGUACACCAGCUCAACAUCUACCGCUGAUCCUAAAAACUUUCACUUUUGAAAGGACCUCUUCUCCCCUUUUGUCCUUUUGCCCUCUCUUCAGACUAUUCCUGAUGACUAUUUUGUUUCAGUCCUAUCCCGAAGGGCCAAAAAUAGCCGUCAGAAUCUCUGACACAAGAAAUUGUAGUAGCUUGGAGAGGCAUUUAACCUCUGAAGUUGACUUUUUGCUUCUAAUACAAAUGGGAUGGUAGUGAUCACUUAGUUUGCACGUGAUGUAAAAAUGUAUGGUAACACUUUAUUUGACGCCUAUCUCUAUAACGCAUUAUAAAUAUACAUGCAUUGUGUUAUAAUCAUGGUAUAGCGAUGUAUAACUAUAGUUAUAAACACUCAUAAAUGAUCAUAAUGCUUUAUAGCAAUAAUCAUAACACAUUAUAAAGCAUUUUAUCAUGACAUGACAGGUCAGGGAUUAUAAUGUGUUAUAACUGUUAACAACUCACUGGAAAUGCCCACAUAGAUAAUGCAAUGCAACUGUUGUUAACUCUGUAAUGCAGUUUUUGCAUGUUAACACUGCAACAGGACACAAAUAGGUGGUCUGAGCACUAAAGUAUGCACACUGAGUUUUUACCUGGAUGUUACCUGGGAAGCUGGGUAAAGCACAAAACCUGAAUAGAAGAAGAAGGGAAGUAAACGACAAAACCUACCGUAUUGUCUGUAAAAGGGGCCAGAGCUCUAAAGUCGUCCAUGUCCUCACAAUUCAUUAAACAACCAGUCCAGUUAAAUUGCCUAAUCAAACCGUAUUUGUGGCUCAACUGAUCUGUGUGUGUAAUACAAAGACCCACUCAAAAUGACCUCUGUGAUUGUUUCAGGGUGGGUCAGGCUGAUGCUGAAAGAAGACAAGACAUUGUUCUAAGUGGAGCUCAUAUCAAGGAGGAGCACUGCAUCUUCCACAGCGAGAGGAACGCCAACGGAGAUGGUGAGGCACAUUAUGAGGAAUUUCAUUCAGCGUAUGCAUGGUAGUGUUUUAAAUGUGUAGAUUAUUUUGACUUAAGCAGUGUUGAUGGCAUGAUUAUUUGGUGAAUGAAUACAUGAAUAAAUGAAUACACAUGAAUACAGUUCCUAAAUAUAUGCAAUGCAGCAACCUAAGGCACUUUUCUCAUGGAUUAGAUUAUUACAUAAACAUAGACUUUGUAAUAGAAAUAUGUAAAGCUUAAAGAUCAGCCGUCAUCAUGCUGGAUUAGAUAUUUGUCCCUUAUCAUUUGUAAGUGAAGGAGUCUUGAGCUUUUUUUCAGAGUGAGUCACUCAUGUUUGAUUUAUGUGUUUGUUGAAGUUAUUGUCAUGCUGGUGCCCUGCGAGGGAUCAGAAACCUACGUCAAUGGCAAGCGUGUUGAGGAUGCAAUCCAGCUUCGCUCAGGUACGUGUUUUAAACAAAGUUCUGAAUAAAUGUAAAUGUGAUAUUUUUUCACUUCUUUGGGUCAAUUAUUACGACUGAUGGCUGUAAACAACUGAAUAUAGAAAUGUUUUGCCCUUAGACUUAACGACAAUUUUUAAGCUAAAUAUAUUUUAUUAAGGUUCUACUUUAAGUUUAAUAAAUGUAUUUUAUCAGCGACAAAGUAGGACUGAUGUAAUUUUCAGGCUCUUCAGCUAACUUCCGCCCUCCCUUCUUUCAGGUAACCGAAUCAUUAUGGGAAAGAACCAUGUAUUCCGAUUCAACCAUCCAGAGCAAGCCAGAGCUGAGAGAGAGAAGACACCGUCUGCUGAGACUCCAGUAGAGCCAGUGGAUUGGACUUUUGCUCAGAGGGAGCUUCUAGAGAAGCAGGGUAUCGACAUGAAGCAGGAGAUGGAGAAAAGGUAUGCAUCCAUCCUUUUAGCAGUGGAUGUCAUAUUUGAUCACCCCUCCUUUGAUGUGUUCAAUUGAUAUAUUUUAUUCAUUUGCGUAGGCUCACUGAGAUGGAAAUCUUGUACAAAAAAGAGAAGGAGGAGGCAGACCAACUUCUGGAGCAACAGCGACUGGUAAGUUCAAAGAAGUUUGAAUUGUUUAAACCCUUCCCUAUAACUCAGUCUUUCUGCUCUGGCUGUCAGAUUAGCAGUAGUGACUACAGAUUGGAUAAAGCAGAUAAAGCAGCAUUUGGUUGAUGUUUUUUGUAGAUGAGCUACAAUAAAGGCAGUUUCUGGAAUGAUUCAGCUAGUUUGUGACUCAAAGUUAUCCCAUGUUUUUCUUUGGUCAAUUUCAAUUCAAAAGUAGGUUUUGUUAUUUGGAUGUCAUGCAGUCCAUGUAAAUCUGACUAGCACUAAUUCUCACUUGACGCUUUGACCCGUUUGAUAUAUGUGUGUGCGUGUGAAUCACACUUUGUUACUCCAAGCGCAUGUCUUUUCUUCUUGCAUGGAAGUUUCUCUGGUUUGAGACGGAUGAGCUUUAUACCUGCCUUCUACUUGAGUUUUAACUGACUUUUCUGUAGCAAUUUGAUCGAGUGAGAAUUAGAUGGUAAAGCUUUCCCCUUUUCCAAAUCCCUGUUUUCACUUUUCUUGUGUCUUUUUUAGAGAAUUUGAAUCUUGCAAAACAGCAGCUUACAGAAACAGUAGGUUUAAAGUAAAGAUCAAAAUAAAAUUCAAACUGAUUGACUCAUGGUCAGUAUUCAAACUCUUGUUUUUAUAUUACGCUGCUGCAUUUGCAUGGUUCAUGUCAAUAGCAUGUUUUUAUUAAUUCAUUCAGUAACGGUUCUGGACUAAGUUGCAGUGUUUGCUGUUGAGCUGGUCAACUUUGAAGUGGCUGUUGAUUUGCUUGGAUUAGAUUUCCACUCUAGUUUUUCUUGCUCUGUUUUGUCCUGAGUUUUGUCUCUUCAAUGCAGUUGCUCACUAUACAAUGCAUUGUGAUAACAAAUGUUCCUGCUGUAGUUUUCUCGGGGAUUGUUACAAUGUGGUUUCUCAUUGACUUCUUUGGCUACCUCUCUUUGCUAGCCUUUAUGAUAUCGGUGUAGCACACUGAGGGCCUGGCUCAACAACAACAGAGUUAUCACUGCUUACAGCUGAAUCAGUGAAAAAGAGACCUCGUCCUCACUCUUGUGUUUUUAUGUGCAGAGCUACAAGCUUAGGGUUCAAACCCAUCCCCAUGAAGAUAACACUUCCAAUUCUAGUGACUGAUACAUUAUCAUACACAAGAAGACUUGAAUUAUCUGUACCAAAUGGUUGUGAUCUGUAAUGUAUUUUGUCUACAAAAAAAUGAGAAACUGCAUUUUUCCGACUAACAUCUUUCUUGUAGUGGAUUAACAUUUACCCUCACUUCUGCCUCUCCUCUCUACUGGCUUUCUGAUCAACUGCAAGAGCACUCUGUUUUCUAACUCACUGCUUUUACUAAAGCCUGAAACUUCAAAUCUUCUGGACUAAAGGGGGAAAGCUCCAAAAUCCAUCUACAUGCAUGCCACUGUAGCAUGUUUUGGACCCAGCUUUGAAAACACAAAAUAUUUAAACUAAGAAGAGGACUGCCUCAAAACAAUACAGAAGCGCUCCAAUCAGCAACUAUCCUCUUUCUAAUCAUGUUAGACAUGCUUCACCUUUAAUAUCAAUAUGCAACACUGGGAACAAGAUAGUUUCAGUAGAUGUCUUUAAUUCUGAGAUGUGAAAAAUCAUCAUUUUUACAACAAGUCAAUGAUUGAACCCAAAUCUCACCAUUUCUCAGAGAAUAUUCAAACAACACACUGACAAGAAAGUCAAUGGAAGCCACUGUUUGUUGAUUGAUUUGUUUGACUUGAUUUACUUGGAACAUGAGUUUGCCUAAGUGCAUAAUUCUGUAAACAGCAUGUUGCCAUACAUCUUGUACAGUACUGAUGUAUGAAAAAUGUUUUGCUGACUUAAUUACGGUGCAUUGGUCAUCUCUUCACAAACUCAAUCUUGUGCUUCUGAACCAGAAAGAUUUCAGAUCAGUUUGUAUUUUCUAGAUUGACUUUGCUUUAACUAAAUGCUAAAGUUCCCGUGUUGCAUAUUCAUACCUUUUAUUCAUUCUUUUUUUAAGUCAUCCUUUCAUUUUCUCUUUGAUUUCCCAUUUUAAUUUCUCUUUUUUUGGGAACCAUUUGGUUUUUUUUCCUGUGUUGUUUCCUCAAGGAUGGAGACUCUGAUAGUGGGGAUGACUCUGAUAAGAGGUCUUGUGAGGAGAGCUGGAGGCUGAUCACUUCCCUGAGGGAAAAGCUGCCCCCAAGCAAGCUUCAAACCAUAGUGAAAAAGUGUGGAUUACCCAGCAGCGGGAAGAGAAGAGAGCCUGUGAAAAUGUACCAGAUUCCUCAGAGACGCCGCAUCACCAAGGACUCCAAGUGGGUGACCAUCUCCGAUCUGAAGAUCCAGGCAGUCAAGGAAAUCUGUUAUGAAGUCGCGCUGAAUGACUUCCGACACACACGGCAGGAGAUCGAGGCGUUGGCCAUAGUCAAGAUGAAGGAGCUCUGUGCUAGCUACAGCAAGAAAGACCCCAACGAGCGGGACUCGUGGAGGGCGGUGGCUCGGGAUGUUUGGGACACUGUGGGGGUUGGUGAUGAGCGCAUAGAGGACGUCAUCACCAAUGGGUCUCGAGCAGGAGGGGUUGUCAUGGAUGAUCUAAAGGUGCACAUUGACAAACUGGAGGACAUCCUUCAUGAAGUCAAGAAACAAAAUAACAUGAAGGACGAGGAGAUCCGUGCUCUCAGGAACAAGAUGGUCAAAAUGGAAAAGGUCCUUCCACUAAUCACGCCAGAUGGACAAGAACAGCCACAAAGUGGUGGUACCUCUACAAGUGCUCCCAUAACUCCAAGCCCCCGAGAAGCAAAACCCCCUCUCCCUGAAAAGCCUGAAACAGAGGAAGCAGAUUUGCAAAUAGGCCAAAGUGCAGGGGAUGACACAGCUCUAAAGCGAGGAGCCCAAAUGCGUUGGAUGCGCCAAGAGCAGAUGCGCCUCAAAAACCUUCAGCAGCAAGAAAUCUCAAAGCAGCUCCGCCGCCAUACUGGACCACAUCGCUUUAUACCCCCAGAAGACCGCAAGCUACGGUUCCCCUUCAAAAGUAACCCUAAGCACCGAAACUCCUGGAGCCCUGGUACUCACAUCAUAAUUACAGACGAGCAGGUCAUUGAGCUGAAGGUGCCGAAAGAAUCCGUAGAAGAAGAAGAGGGAGAAGAAAGCCAGCCAGAGGAAAGAGUACAGCCCAAAGAGCAGAUGGCUGCUUCAGUUAUACAAGUCACUCCCCCAUUGCCGAACCCUGUAGUCCAGCACAGAAGUAAAGACUUGGAGCAAGGUUUAAGCCAGGGUCACAGAUAUAACUAUAGAAACAACCAACAUCAGCAGCCCCAUGAGCGAGGCCGCAGCAAUUCAUUCAAUCACCGCCAGCGGCCGUCAGGCUCCAUGGAGUCACUGCAGCAGUCUGAAGGCAACAGGAGGCACACACAGGCCUUCUACCAGCCCCGUCAUCAUCAGAACCAACCACCACAUCCCCAGCCACACCCCCAGCAACAACCCUGCCACUACAACGGCAUGAUGUAUGCAGACGGCAGAUUCAACGGCUACCAGCAAUACCACCAUACUGACCACGCGAACCAUCCAAUCACCUUUCAGGCACCCCCGCGAAUGCGUAGGCAACUGUCGGCUCCUAAUCUAAAAGCCAGCAGAGAGACAGCAGUCUGAGAGGAACUUGAGGAAUCAGGAACCAGUUGAAUAAACUUUUAGUAGGCAAACACAUUACAGAUCACAACAAGUCUGAAUCAUGAGAGUCAAACAGCUAAACUGUACUGAGACUUUUGCACUUGAUCAGUGUUAUUGGUUGACCCAAAAGUGUUGUUUGUAUUUUAAAAUAGACUUUAUUUGCUUCAUCCUCACAAUCAAAAAAACAUGUGCCGGUUAUAACUUUGUUCGUGUUUAUUGUCAUCACUACCAUUGGGAGAGCUGUCAUAAGGAAAUCAAGCCAACAGACAGUUUUUCAGAAGAGACAUGCCACGCCUACUCAAUUCAUUUUUUAUCAUGUGGGACAAUUCAUCCAUCAUGCUUUUAUUUGCCAAAAUUAUCUUCAUGGUUUACAUAUUUGCCUUUUUAGUAUUGAUCUAUCAUGAAUGUUUGAGCCACCGCAGUAUGAACACACUUCUCAUUUCAUUGAGAAUUUUUGUUGAUGUUGUAGUCCACAUUAAGAAUUGAAAGAUGCCUUAUAUUUAUUUAUACGUGCCACAUAACUGAACGUUAUCAUGGUUAAAUCAUCUUCACAUUUUGUGCUGUGUCUCAUGAAAUCUUUUCUGUCAAAAAUAACCAUUGGCCUAGAUCUGGAAUCAAAAGACCAGUGUGCUGGACUUUCCUUAAUGAAUGAUUGAGUAGCUUGAUGCACUAGUUUAAAUGGACUGAAAGAUUUGGCAAAGCCAGAGGUGUUCCAAAGGUGCCUACUAUGCUCUAACUCUAUUAAUCCUGCUUCGAACAAUUCUCCCCUCUUUUUAAAUUCAAGGCUAACACAUAAGGGCUCAGCAUAGAUUCGCAAAAACUCUUCAUAACUUUUCUAACCAGACUAACUUUUGAGUUAAAACAUACUGAUUCCAUUUUUUUUUCAAAAGCUCCCUUAUUACUUAAUCUAUAUUUUCUUUCUUUUUUGAAUUUAUUUUAAAUUUAUAAUUACCACCCACUUGUAUUUCAGUAAUUUGCACUUCUUUUAGGGGUUAGUUUUUUAAGAUAUAAGUUCAAAUGUUAAAUAAUACCUCACCCACAAUUUGAAAAAGUUCCACAAUAAACUACCAACAUUAUUGGUAGUUUUUACCCCAGGAUGGUUUUAAUGAUGUGGAUGUUCUCUGUAAAUCCUUGAGUUUACUAGAGUCCUUCUUAAAGGCUGAAAUGCUACCAAGCUGACCUCUUUUGUCAGAUUAGUUACAGAAAGUUCAUGUGUGUUUAAGUUUCUCUGUAACAAGUCCAGAGUUUUCUUCAUCAUCGCCCUUCUCUUCCUGUAUGAACCAUGAGCUCUUUCUCAGUGUUCAAAAUACAUUCAGUCUGUGGUUCACUGAGUUAGCACAGGGUUCACCCUGUGUCUACUGGAUGUCCUACAGAGGGUUGUCAUGGUUCCCAAAGACUCUACUUAAAAAUCUUGGAGGGAGCACAAAGACUCAAAGUAUUUGCAUAAUGUUAUUUGUGAGAACUCUCCAUGUCAAAUGGGAUUUUAGGGACUGCUUCGUUUUAGGUGCAUCAUAAACUGCAUUUUCAUACAACAUGGAUCGAUCUAUCAUAAUGAUCCACAAAAUCAUUCGACAGCCUUACUGUUUUUGAAAAAGCAGUCUAAAUUAGUAGCAAGUCUGCCUGGUAAUCUGUUUUGUCUUUACCAAUUGCUUAAAAAAAGUUAUUACAUUUCGAUACCGGUUGGCCUUUUAACCCUUUUAGGGUUACUUUGACUCCUAGCAGCGAUUUCAGAAAGACCUUUAAGUACUGUCACAGUUUUAUACUCUGAGUUCAGAAUGAUUAAAUGAUUUCUGUGUUUUAUACUGAGUAUUUGCCAGUAUAUACUCUGCCUUACUAUUCUUCAACAAAAACCAAAUUAUGUAGUUCAAUAUGCAAGUCUAGUCCCUCCACUCUAUGCCUUAUGUCUUUGACUGCCUUUGCAUGCAAAAGCUUACAUUUCUCCAUCUUUAAUAGAUUCUCUGUUAACAAAUGUUAUUAAGCCUAUGCACUGGUGCUGGUGGCAGCCAGGUAAGCUUGGAAGAACUUCAUCGAAUGGACAAUGCGUACUGUAUUGUUCUUUGAAAUAUUCAUAUAUAUAUAUAUCAGUGUUAGGUCUCAAUUCAAAGUGUCUUUAUUGUUGUCUGCUGCUUUUUUAAAUCUUUUUUUUUAGUGGCUGUGUACCAAGUUGUGUUGUUCUUUAAUCGAUCACGAUGUGCAUACAUACAGUUCAUGUGUGAAAACUGUAUUCACAGGUUUAAAAAAAAAAGAAUAUACUGAAUGCCUGUGUUGCUGGAGGUUUAUUUUCAAAGUAUGAUUGAAAUAAAUGACAUGCUACAAGUGCAGUGUGUGUUAUACAUGGCUGAAUUUAACUGACUGUGGAUAAGUUAGGAUUAAAGUUCCUGUGAGGAGUUUUUUAACGUCCAUGAAAUAGACAGAAAUUUAUGUUGACACCUUUUGAUAAUAUAAACACAAACAAACAAGACCAUUAGUAAUAGGAUUGACUGUUUUCAUAUUGUGAUUUUUAAUGUCUGAAACUGGUGUGAGGGGGUAGAUGUUAGCCGAGCAUCUAAAGAGGAGCUUUGUUUUUACAACUUACAGAUAAAAUAUUCACAAUAAAUGGCACAUUUGACUGUCAAAAGUCAGCAGGAUGAAAUUAUUGGUGAGAAGACACCAUGUAGGCAUGUAAAGGACAAGCUAAGCAGAGACUGCUCUGUCCACAGGGGGCGCCAAAUUUAACACAAACCAAAUGUUUCUCAUAGGAGCUUUAGAUAAAAUAAGGUCUCUGUGUGUUUUGGGUGCUCAGAAGUGACCAGGUGAAGAGGAUUUGUUAGUGCUUUAGUAAAUACAGAUAUAGUUUAUUUUCAAAAUAUUCCAUACAAAUGUACCACCUUUAUUUAAAAAUCUGAACAAUAUCAUGGGUAACUGCAAAAAGUCUGAUUUGUAAACAUUUCAUAUAGUUGUGGUUAAUGGGCUUUCAAUUAUGUUAUGCAGGCUAAAAGUUUGCAGAUUUGUUAACAGUUAUUUAUUAUUAUACUAUACCAAAAUGUAGGUGUUUAAAAAAGCCUCAAACUAUGCUCAUAGUACUGCAUUCAGUUCUACAUCAAACACUACAGACAAUAUAGGGCACAUUUUGAAUGUAUUGACUGCAGACAUUCGAUAAUAUUUGCUUGUUGGAUUUUCAAAGUUUGAUUUAAGACAGUGCAGUUUGUAGCUUGCAGGCAGGAACCUAGCAGGGAGGAGGUAAACCAUGAAUGAAAAGGCUGCAUUGUCUUCCCAGAAGACACUGAACAAACAGGAUGAGGUCAUCGGGACCAUGGCAUGUCCUGCUCUGAUGAUGAUGACCCUCAUUGGAUUACAGUUGACUCAGCCUCCACCAGCGCUUCUCUUUUUCUUCUCCAGCCGUUCCCAUCAGAAUAAAGAGGAAGUUUUAGUGUUUUAAUCAGUUCUUAUUUAGAGAACUUUAUCGUGUAUUUUAAGGGAAACAAUCUUUAGUUCCGUUUGAGUUUUUAAUUUGUUAGAAUGACUGAAAUUAAGCACUUUAAAUAUCUUGAAACUACAAUAAAUAUAAUACCUAUUAUCUAUUUGUGAUACUUAAUUAUGGAUGAUAGUCAAUGUGAAUUUUCCCUUUUAAUGCUAGUUUUAACUGUGGUAAAAACAGACCAGACUGCAUUUCAAUAUGUCUGACAAUAUUAAGUCUAUGUUUUUGUGUAAAACUCAUUCAACAGUAGUAUUUUUCUAAGUCCACUCUCAUGUGACAAUAUUUUCAUAUCCAGUUCAGAUUUCUAUUUCUAUUGAACUAUCUCAUUUUGUCCUCAAUGAGUAAAUAAAAGCAAGGAGGUGCUGUGGUGGGUCAAGUUAAGUCCAGUUGUCUCACAGUUCUUUGAUUGGAAAGUCAAAAUGUGGUGCAGAUGAUUAGCUUAGCUCACGUGCUGUUGUGGCUGUUUUCUCUUCUUUCCCCUGGUGUCUCUGUGUCCAGGUGUACGAGAGCAAAUUGCAGGAACUUCAAAAACAGGUGGAAACUAUUUCUCUGGUAGCUGAGACACCUGAUGAAGAAGAGUUGGAAGAGGAGGAAGAAGAGGAAGGUGUGUAUUGCAAUUCAUAGUCCUAGAGAUUUCACUAUAACUAAACUCAAAUGUAAAACAACAACAUAAAUGUUUUUUUCUCUAUUUUUCUGUCCAGAGCCCAAACUUCUAGGAUGUGCGUAUAGUAUUCUCUUUAUAUAAUCAAAAGACUAUAACAUCAACCUCAUUGGUUGCAAAAUUGUUCAUAAUAAAUACUAAUUGUUCAAAAAUAAAGUUAAAGUGGCUCAUAAUUAAUACAUUAUCUAACUCCUUAAAAUGAAGAAAAAUAACCUAUCAAAACCAUCUCAGAUGAAGUUUAAAAGAUCAUGCUUGAAGUAUUUGCAUCAUAACAUGUCAAUAACACUUCAUCUCCAAAGCCCUGGCAACAAUUUUUCAUUUCAAGCCACUCUUCAAAUCAGUACCAGUGUUUAUUUCUUUCAUGUUAUUGGUAAUACACCACAGUCUCAAAUUUUUGACUGAAAGGGCUCAGUGAAGCUGACCCUGAUGAUGUAUGUAAUGAUUUUAUACAUUUAGAAUAACUUCCUCAAUUUCAGGGAAUCGGUGCUCAAAGCAGUAAUGAUCCAGUGUAGUUAUUCUCCUAUGUUUGCUCUGCUGAUCUUUUGCUGCCGUAACACUCCAAAUUUCCCCACCGUGGGAUAAAUAAAGGUCUAUCUUAUCUUACCUUAUCUAUUCUCUGGGGUGUUGUUUCGAGAGGAGUAGCAUCUUUUGAAUUCUGUUGUUGCUUUCUAGUGUUUCUGUGCAUUACAGUUAGACUGUAGAGAAGGAAAAAUAAAAGAGACACAAUGUCCAUCUUUGCAUGUUGACUUUUAGGUUUGACUUUACUGAGACAGAUUGCAGAAAUUGGAUUCUCAAGUGCAACAACAUGUUAGUUUUCGUCACAGUCACUGCUUGUGGAAACUAUUGACUAACAAAGAAGGGGACUCUAUGUUUGAAUAAUGAAUUACCUAGACCGUAAUAUCAAGUGCAACAUUUGUGAUUGGACUAAAACGACUUAAACCACCAAUAUGGUUCUUCACCAUUCUCUGUGUUCUUACUGUAUGUGAUUAUGUGCACAUAAUGUCCUUGUCAUGUCUCCCUGCAGUGCCAUGGACUCAGCAUGAGUUUGAGCUCGCUCAGUGGGCCUUCAGGAAGUGGAGGUACCAUCAGUUCACCUCCCUGCGUGACCAGCUGUGGGGUAAUGCUGUUUACCUGAAGGAGGCCAACGCCAUAAGUGUGGAGCUGAAGAAGAAAGUGAGAAAAAUUCAGUUCACGGCACAGUGAUUCACCAUUGGUUUAAGUUUGUCAUUUUUUCUAAAAUAAGCAGCAACAAAAAAUAACCAAACAGCAGGAUGGUGUGAUGAGACUGAUAAACAAUUCAAUAUAGCCUGUGAUGCAAGUGAAUCAUUUAGCUGACAGAUACAUUGAAACAUUAUGUAGGCAAUCCCUUCAAUCAUUCACCCCACGUGUGUGUGUGUGUGUGUGUGUGUGUGUGUGUGUGUGUGUGUGUGUGUGUGUGUGUGUGUGUGUGUGUGUGUGUGUGUGUGUGUGUGUGUGUGUGUGUGUAGGGGAUGUUGGCUCACUGUCACACAGAGAAAUUAUAUUUGUUAUGAAUUAUCUGUAGCAGUCCACCUUCCCCAUCUGGGCACCACUGUAAUUUAUGUUCUUGUCAAGUUCCCUGAGCUUCAUGAUUGAGACUAGAGAUCGGCUGUCUGUCACAGAUACCUUUCAGAGAGGUUUUUAUGUUUUGUUUUUUAUUUUUUAUCUAGAGGUUUUUGUUGGUUUCUGUCUGUAAUUUAUAUCCAGUGUUUUUAAUUGCUUUAGCUUUUUAACCCCAAAGGAUACAGGGAAGAGGGAGGAUAUGAAAUGGUCUUUUUUUAUUGACCAUAAUACUUCAUCUUUGGUUUAUUCGCUGAAAAACAGUUCUGAUCUAGAAACACCUGCAAACAUAACAUUGUCUAAAUUGCAGAGCUGGAAGUCCUUUUUCCAGACUUCUUGUUUUGCGUCUCUUCACUUUAUUUUGCUCUUCCCUCCCAAUGUUUCAGGUGCAGUUCCAGUUUGUCUUACUGACAGAUACGUUGUACUCCCCGCUCCCACCUGAGCUCCUGCCCCCAGAACCAGAGAAAGAGCGAGACUCCAGGCCUUUCCCCCGGACUGUGGUUGCUGUAGAGGUUCAGGACCUGAAGAAUGGAGCCACACACUACUGGUCCCUGGAGAAACUCAAGUAAGGGCCCUGCCACACUUCACCAGGCUACAGCUGUUACUUUGAUUCAUCACUGUCACCUGAUUUUUACCAGAUGCUGUCAUCACAGUUUUCUGCUCUCUGUCAUAAUUGCAGGCAGCGGCUGGACCAGAUGAGAGAGAUGUAUGACCGAGCAGGAGAAAUGGCUUCCUCACACCAAGAGGAUGGAGAGGGAACACUAACAGGAAACGACCCUUUCUAUGACCGCUUCCAUUGGUUUAAACUCGUGGGAAGGUAUGUUUCACAGCUGCAGAAGAAAAACACACAAUACUGCUUAUGCAGCGAUAAAUAAUCACUAAAUGUCCUGCUAGAAGACUUUGUGUUUGAAUCACAAGGUUCUUUUACUUGGCUAACUUAUUCAAUAUUGUUCUUUUGGGAUGGCAGCUUUUGUUAUGCAUUGAUGUUAAACCGAUGUACACAUUUACCUCCCUUCAUUUUUCAUUUUUAUGCUCAGAUUUUUUUUUGUCAUAAUCUUGUAUAUCAUUGAUAUCAUGUAUUCUGUCAUCAUUUUUUUGUCAUUUAUGUUGGUUGUUUUCGUUGCUCAUCCUUCAGUGUGCAUUUGUUGUAGUUGACAUGUUUAUUUUGAAGUUACCUUUUGUGAUUUUUUUUUUGUACUCUUGAUUUAAAUGUCACUGAUUUAUUAUUCUUUGUGAAGUCCUUCAUUUUAUUUGACAUUUCAUUGUAAUUAUUUUUCCCUCCACCAUGUUUCUUUUUUCAUUUAUCUGUUGUACCACUGAAGUUUGUCUGUGGUGAUACUCCUCCCACUUAAAACACAAGCUUGUAAAUAAUUCAUUGUAUUCUGUGCAUUAAUCUUUUUAAGCCAGCAUAUAUAAGACGAUCUAUAUGCUAAUCCUGUAAAGGUGGCAUUUCAUUUAAGUGUUUAUUUUUCAUGUUUCUGAUAAUGGCUGUAAGACCAAUCUUGUUACAGUAGCUGGAAUAAGUAGUAAAAAUAAACUACUUUCUAAUUAAUGAUUUUGAUCAUUAAUUAGAUCAUUCAGGAACCUCUUUAUUUUUAUCUUUUGAAUAUAUGAUAUCUGUACAUGGUUUAGUUUUUUUAAUACCACAGUUACUCUAUUGUGCCUUUCCUUGAUUUUUGCCACUGUUCCCAAACUGCGGACCCCCUCAGCUCCCCAAUCUUCCACGGUUGUGUCAAUGAGCGCCUAGCCGACCGCACACCCUCGCCCACCUUCUCCACCACCGACUCUGAGAUCACCGAGCUGGCAGACGAGCGCCAGAGCGAGAUGUCUGACUUGAUUGACGAUGAGGCUUUUGUGGACGACACCAGUUCGGACGCUGGAACUGAGGAGGGCUCAGACAUCUUCAGCGACGGCCAGGACCCCUUUUACGACCGCUCCCCCUGGUUCAUCCUGGUGGGAAGGUUGGUUACUGGCAGUGUCAUUUCCUCCACCUCCACACACAGGCUGGGACAGGAUAUUUUGUGAAUGCUGGCUUUGUUUAGCACUGUUUGUUUUGAUUACACAGAUGUAGAGCAAAAAAGAAAUGAAGUGUGGAAAUGAGAAAUUUUAAUUAUAAAAAGUAUAGAACAAAAAAAAAAUAUAUAUAUUUAAGACUCAUUAUUUACAUAAUUUGUGAUAUAACAACAUGAAGAUCAAUGCUGCACCCAGAACAGUGUCCUGGGAAUUAGGGAGAAAUAAAUAUAUAGUAUAAACACAUGGCAAAUCCUGAAAGCAAAUGAGUAAUUGUUUUAGUUUAGACCUUCACAGGGUAUUAAUAAUCUCAGUAUCAGAUAUCAUCUCUGCACCUCGCACAGAUGACUUGGACCAGUUUUUAAUUGAAUAGAAUUUAACGAUUAGUCAUACUUCUGUGCUCACAGACCUGCUCUGUGUGACUUUGUUUCAAUUUACACUCUGUUCCCAAAAACUGAAAAGCCACCAUUCUUCCUCCCCACAUCCUCCCAGCGUGACGUGUCUCCCCCUUUGCCACAUCACAACACUGACUGUAUUAACUCCCAUCUUAAUGUGCAGUCCAUGUAUGUGCUGUGAGCUGUCUGUCACGAUGUUUAUUCAAUCCUUUUUUUAUGUUCUUUAUGUCUGUUUUAUUUUUGUUUUUAUAUAACACAAGCACAUUUGUUAUUAGAACAGAUUUGUUUUAACAUUGCUCUUGGAUUAUGUUGUAGAUAAUAUUAACUCACUGGUUGUUUAGAGUCAUUUUAUCAUGCUCUUUUUAUUUAUAUUAAUUCAUGUUAAGUGCCAUUAUGAAGUGUUUGCAGCAGCAUUUGAAAUCACAGCAAAAAUUUGCCAAGGUUUCCAGCUGACGGCUGUAAACAUCAUAGCUUAAAAAUAAACAGCAUGUGCAAAAAAGGGCGACAGAUCAAUGCAGGCUGUAAGCCAGCCAGUCGCUGCAACAGUCGUAGCUCAGCUACCUCCGUCAUAGAGUCCUCAUAGAUUGUACAGAUUGAUGCCUCCCCCUCGGUCUGGCCUUGAGUCUCCUGGCUAUGGGAGGGGGGAGGGGGGAGAGAGAAUGAGUAGGUCACUGGGGGUGCAGCAAAACAAAUCAAGCCCUACAAAACAAAAUGUCAGUGAGCGUGUGAGUGAGGGGCUAACGUCACCAAAACAUGACACAGUAAAACACUCUUUUACAGCCUUAGCUGCUGCAUCCCAGGCGAUCUGUCAUCACCCUGUCACACACACUUUAAAAAUAACCUGGAUGGUUUUAAAUGCUGCUGAUUUCACUGCCCUGCAACAUGUGUGCUUUUAUGUUGGACUCAUUUGUUUGGUUUUGUUUUUGUUGCUGUUUUGCUCAUCCCUUAACUGAAUUGUCACUAAUAUUUGACAAAAUGUUGCUGUAGUCAGUAAUAUGUGUCAAACAAUGAUGAUGUCAAAAGUAUUUUGGUUGAAAGAAAUAUAUUUUUUACAUAUUAUCUCGAGAUAUCAGAAAACUGUUAAUCUCUGGAUUUUUAGCUUUAAUGUGUUUUUCUUAGGCACAGAUAAACACAACAGAUAACAUGGCUGUGGUCUAAUAAACACACUUCAAUGUUUUGUGGGUUUGGAGACUGCAGCAGGAGUUUCACACACUGCACCACAAUCAGAUUUUCAUCUCUCUCUCCUCCUUUCUACUCAGAGCUUUUGUGUACCUGAGCAACCUGCUGUACCCUGUGCCACUGGUGCACCGUGUUGCCAUAGUAACAGAAAAGGGCGAGGUGCGGGGUUUCCUGCGUGUGGGGGUUCAGGCUAUAGCUGGUGAGUAAUUAAUGAGGUUUUCUAAUGAACGAGGCAGUUAGCAUCUUCAUGUAAAGGUUAAACUCAAGCUCACAGUGGGAACUGGUCUGUGUUAGUCACGCAGGCACAUGGAGAAGCUGAAUCAUACAUGCAGCUCAUCUAUUUCAAUUUCAUACGUAUUUGCAAUGUAGAGACGAAUAUGGUUUAGGUUAGUAAUCGUGUUAUUUAGAUAGUCACCUGAAUACAUAUAAGUAGUUUUAGCUUCACUUUGAUUUCAGUCUGCAGAUAUUAUCAAGAGCUCUUGAGCUUUGGUUGCAAAGAAGAAGAUUCCCUCAGAGUCUCAGUGUCUUCCCUGUAGUGUGUUUUAAGGUUUGAUAUCACCUGCAGUAGAUUCUGAUUGGAGGAUGUUUUAUCUCUUUGUAGCUGAUGAGGAGGCCCCAGACUAUGGGUCAGGAGUAAGACAGUCAGGAACUGCCAAGAUCUCCUUUGAUGAUGAAUACUUUAAAAAGGUAAGCUCCCAGUCUGAUGAAAGCACUUUCAAACUUCAGGACACACUUUUUCUCUGUGUGAGUAAGUCUUUAAACAGUUGUGGGCUUUUCUGGAGUUUGCACCUAUUUCCUCUUUGAAAGUCCAUAAAAAUAGCAAAUAUUGUCCUAAGCUUGCUCUUGUUUAUUUUUCCAAUAUGGCACUAAAACAAACUCAUCAUAUAUGCAGCAGUAGGUAUUUUUAUUCCCUAUUUGGACAACAGCUGUAUCCUCAUGUCUUUCCUCCUCUACUCUUGCAUCCAUCUUCUCUCAUCCAAUCAGAAUGACUUCUCCUCAACGGUUAUGACCCGCUCUGGCAUGUCACUAGAAGAACUGCGCAUUGUGGAGGGUCAGGGUCAGAGUUCAGAGGUCAUCACACCCUCAGAGGAGCUCAACAGAAUCAAUGACAUGGGUACGGCUGCCAGACCUUCACCUCUCGACACGUAAAUCUUGAUUUCUCAGCGCAGUGGGAAGUGCACUCGGCAGAUGGUCCUGUUUAAUGCAAAGGAGGUCGUUGAAUGUUUAGUUAUGGAAAUGAGACUGAUUCCUAUUUUUUGGACUUUGUGUAGGAAUGUAUACAAAGGCUGUUUUAGGAUUGAAGAUCACAGACUUAAUAAUUUGCAGGAGCCAGGCUGUUCUUAUUGAGCAGGACUUAGAAUUGAUAUGCAGAUGACACAGUGCAGGUGCAGUUACAGCUUAUAUUCAAUAAAUCACAGCAAUAGACCUCUUAACCGUCCUCUGCGGCUCUGUUUAGACCUCAAGCUGGGGAAUGUUGCAGACACCAAGCUGGGUCUUGGUGAUGGUCUGGCGGGCCAACUUGAAGUGGGCAGCAUCUUUACCUUCCGUGUGACUGUGCUCCAGGCUAGCGGCAUCCCACCGGAGUAUGCAGAUAUCUUCUGCCAGUUCAAGUGAGUCUAUAACUUUGGUAACGUCAUCCUGAUAUAACCUCUACAAUUCUGGGUGCCUCAUGUUGUGUUUUAUGUCAACCUGUUAAAGUAACAGAACUGUAGAUAAAGCAUAAAUUGAAACUAAAGCAAAGGCUGUACAGUUUUCAAAAGAAAAUGGCUUGUAUGUAGCUAACAGUAUGAAGCUAGAAUGCAGUUAUUAUAUUGUUUCACUAUAACUAACAAAAUUCCUUGAAAAAAAAUCGAAAGUGAUUUUGCUGGUGGAUUUUCUCCACAGUGCAGUUUUUAGACCUUCAGCGUUAAAUACAUUUGAAUCACUGAUUAUUACAUGUUUUGUUUUCUUAGUUUCCUUCAUCGUCAUGAUGAGGCUUUCUCCACUGAGCCCUUGAAAAACACUGGGAAAGGAGCUCCUCUGGGCUUUUACCAUGUUCAGAAUGUAAGUGCACACACAUACUGUAUAUAAACCCUCAAGAUGUACACUUACAUCAUGCUUAUUCAUUACAACAUUUCUCUCUGGGUGCAGAUAUCAGUCGAGGUCACAGAGUCUUUUAUUGAGUACAUCAAGAGCAAACCCAUUGUAUUUGAGGUGUUCGGCCACUACCAGCAGCACCCACUGCAUCUUCAUGGCCAGGACCUGAUCAGGUAGGUGGUGUGUGUAAAGAUAUUCCUCUGAUGAUGAUUUGGCACAGUAGAUUGAUUCUGUUUGUGUAAUUUUAUUGAUGUCAGUAUUUAAGGUCAACGGUCUCUUUUAUUUUCACAGUCCUCUAACACCAUCAAGGAAAUACUAUCCUAUUCCCAUGCCUCUGUCAAAACCAGGUAAGGACUUGAAUGUCGUCACAGCGCACAAUGCAACAAAAAAAUGUUCUGCACCUUUCACCUUCAUUUCAUCAGAUUUGUUCAUUUUUCUCCAGUUACAUCAGCUUGUCUCAUUUCCUUCCAUUUUUCUUGUAUUUCUUGCCUCCUUUGGAUUUUUUGUUAUCUAUUCAAUUGUCUCCCACCGUCCAUAAUCCUCUUACCCAACCAUGUCCUCCCACUUCCACAUCUUCCAUUUUCACAUGACCCCUACAAUCCCUCUCACCAUUUGUACAAUGUCACAUUUCAAAACCUCAGACCAUACGCGUAAGAUAGAAUUGGUCCGUUACCUCAUGAGCGGCUAUGUGAACGGUAAAGUGCUGGACACUCUGUCCGAGCACGCCAAUGCUCUGGCCUCCUCCGCCGUCGCCAGUCUUGAGGAUGAGGCGGAUCAGCUCUAUCACUUUCCGUUCCUUUCAGUGCCCUAUGAUCCUGUGCUUAUUGUGCCCAGGCACCAUGGUUGGUACAGCAGACACUGUAGUAGCUGAGAGAGCAGGUAGUAGAUGCUUCUUGUUUGUUGUUUAGUGAUUAGGCUAGUGCUGUGUUUUGCUCCUGUUGUGCUGUGUGACUGCAGACUGUAGCAGGAUAAAGCUCUGCAGUGGCUAGUGUGCUGCACCUCACUGCAGCUUUAUUUAGGUCCAGUCAGCUCAGUCCAACCCGAGCCUGUCGCUUACAAAGUGGCCUGAGCUGACACUUCCAGGUAAAGCUGCUGGGCUGAGCUGAAUCCUAAGCCAAAUAAUAAAACGAGUAUUUAUCAUAAUCACAGAGGAUCACUGACAUUGCAUUCACAGCCUGAAUAAAAAUCCAGAGGCUUUGGCCUUUAUAGGUUCAUCUGCAGUCCAAUUACAGUGCAUUUCACAUGGAAUAACGCUCAUUUCACCAUAUUGAACACAGAUGAACAGAGCCGUGUGCCUCAGAGAUUAGCCUGUUUCAUCAGGAGCAUAAUCCUGAUGUGUGGGACAGCAGGGAGUUGUCAGUGGUGGUGUAAUCUGUGAUUUAGUGUCGCUCUAUGUAUUCUCACUGGGUUGUCACAUUGUAUAUUUUUGUGUCCACAUUAUUAAAAUCAAAUUGUACUAGAAUGGACAAAACAGGAGUGAGCUACUGGUGCCAUACCCCGUUUUAGUUGUCUUAGCAUCCCACCACCUGCAGUUUAUCUUUACCCCAUUCACUCCUUCUCAAAUUGAGUAACCUGUGCCUCUGUGUGUGUAUGCGUACGCAGUUCCAGCCACCAAGUUGAACACCAUCACCAAGUCUAACCUGGGUCAGUGUGUCAGCAAGUAUGACCUGCUGGUGUGGUUUGAGAUCAGCGAGUUGGAGCCCACAGGAGAGUAAGUCCUCAUACAUAUGACCUGUUGAUAUCAGAAGUAAAUAUGAAGUCGUCUGAUUUGUUUUCUUGUUCUUAAAGUGUAAUUCUGACCUUAAAGACAGAGUUGGAGUGCCAGAAGAAUAGUACAGAGAAAAAAAACUUUUAUCUUCACUUUCUGUGUUUCUGCUACAUUAACUGAUAUUCCUUUAAAAAGUACAGUUCAUUAUAACAGGUACAGAACGUAUAAAAAGGAUAGAUCAAGGACUACCAUCGUAGUAGCAUUUAUGAUAAACUUGUUUUUUUAAGUUACAACUUCAUACAAUGUGUCUUUAAACACCUUCAAUUAAACCAUAAUGGUGACCCCCAGUGUUUUCAUCAAAUAAUCAUUAAUAAUAUGAAAUGUGUCGUGUGGGUUUGGGCUAAAUCUGAUGCCUCUGUCUACAGGUACAUUCCAGCUGUAGUGGAUCACAGUGGAGGACUCCCUUGCCAUGGCACCUACUUACUGCACCAGGUACAGGAGAGAACUGCACAUUUCCUACUGAUUAGAUAUCCUACCUGCCAACAAUAUGGAGUGAAUUACAUUUUACGCAGAAUCAAAUUGCCAUUUUAACUGGAAAAAAAGAGGACGUCUCAUUUUUAUUUGCAAAAUACUUCAUGGUAAUAUUUUCUUCAUCUGUUAAAUUUAAGAGGCUUAAUUUAGAUCUCGUCAUAACUGCUUUACUCCUAAGUACCUGUCAUUGCUGCUGCAGGGGAUCCAGCGGAGGAUCACAGUGACUCUCAUCCACGAGAAAGGGAGCGAGCUCCAUUGGAAGGAUGUUCGAGAGCUGGUUGUGGGUGAGCAGGCUCCCCUCAUCAGGGAUUACAGACACACAAAAUACUGCUGUUUUAUUUUUGUUGAAAAAAGUGAUGGCCACAUGAUUGUUCGUUCCUUCACACAACAGCCUCAGUGGAUGCUCUUACAAUAUGAUACAACACCUUUUCUGUCUCUAAGGAAGCGUGUGAGGCAACACUGUAAAUACUUCUUACACAGCUUGAGAAUCAUGUGUCUGUCUCUUGACCCAGACUGCCUUUCUCUUGAAGCGGUUUAUACUGUAGCUGUGGCUCAUGGGCGAAAUAUUACACGCUGCAUAAUUAGACUUAGAACUGUUAGAGUAGAUCAUGAAAAAACGGGCUUCGCAAUAUUUUAAGGGAUUAAUCUACGAGAUACCAUGGACUCAAAACUCUUCUGGCUAAGAUAGACUCCUUCAAAAACUAACUCAAGCUCUCAUGAUCGCAUGACUUUGAUGGGUGUUUCUGUCUUGUGCACUAGGUCGUAUCAGAAACAAGGCCGAGGUGGACGACAGCGCUGCAGAUGCAGUCCUCUCCCUGAACAUCAUUUCAGCCAAGAACAUUAAAUCAUCCCACAACUCCAACAGGUACCUGAAAUGUACACACACUUCAAGCAUCUUAGUAUUUUGAAUUUGAAUUUAAAUUUAUGUAAAACAGGGACAAUGCACAAAAAAAACAUUCAUCUUGGAAGACAAGAGGAGAUGCUUUGAGACAGGUUACAGCAACAAAUGCCAAUUUCCGCCUGUAGUCCCUGGGCAGGAAAAGUCAAAGUGAAAGUAGAGUAUUCUAGAUAAACAGCAUACACAUCAUCUCCAUGUGUAAAUCCAGUGUCUGAUUGGUUCUAAAUGAAGGUCUGGCACUGAUCUUUUGCUCGUUUUGUGUUCGUUUUUGUUUAUUUUUAAAAAGAAAACUUAGAUUUUGCCACAUAUUUUGUUGGAUUUCUUUUCUGCAUACAGUAAACAACAUUUCUGUGUAUGUGUUCUCUUGUGUAUUUUUGCCAAAAACAGUGGAGUCAUUGCAUGACCAUUUCCAUUAUCUCUGCUGUUAAUUUGCUCCAUUGUCUCUGGUGCCUGACUCUCUGUGCUUCUCUCUUUUUUGUCUUGCACUCUCUUUUUUUCCCCUCCUGCUGCUGCUGGACUCUUGUUGUGCUCAGGCUUUCUAUUGAUAAGGAUAUUGAUAGGUACUAGUGAGCUGAGAACAUAAGGCUCCUUCUGUGAAAGACCUUUAUGCUUCUCUUAAGUCCUAUAGAUCCAUAGAAAUAAGUCCUCCACUAUAUUUUUUUCUUGUAUGCAUGUUGCAUGAGGUCUGCCUUUAUUUGACUCAAUAUUCCAUAUCUGAAAAACAAAUCUGACUCUGAAUCAGUUAUCAACAAGUAAAGGCAAUCUCACAUGCAAAUGCAAACCCUUUUCCUUUGGUUUGUUCAUGUUCUGUGGCACCCGGUCUCCACAAAUUGCUCUCCUCUUGACUGUUAUUCACCGUUUCAGUCUCCACUCAAUAAUAACCUAGUGAGGCACAAACAGGGCCAUCCUAGCUCUCAGUCUGUGGGUAAGAACGCCCCCUGCUGCCAAAGACAGGAACUCUGUAACCACAGAGCGAUACACCACAGUUUUUUUUAGAAAACAGGCAGACUCUAACAAAGGACACAGUGUACUAUGAAAUAAUCAGUGAAUGUUCUCCUUUAGGUUUUAUCACUGUGUGCUUUGAUGCUUUCAGAUAUCAGACUAUAAAAGCUCCAUCAUGUCAGAACAUAUGACCUUGGUCAUUUGCUUGCAAUCAUCUGGUUCUGUACCCGCUGUAACAUACGCAGCUGUGUGCACUCUGCACUUUUCUCACACUGUGGUUUAUUACUAUUGCUCCUGAUCACAAUUCUGCUCUCACCUCAGUGUGUUUUCUUGUAAUGACAUCUCAAAAUGAUUAAGGAUAAGUGAAAUAACCACUGAACUCACUGCACAGUGUCCAUUAUUUAGUCUGUCAAAGAUGAUAGAGUCGCACUAAAAACUCAGUUUUCCGUAAAGGAUGAUUUUAACUUGUAAGUGGAUGAUAUUACAAAAUGAUAACAUGUCCUUUUUGGAUUUUUUUUUGUCUUUUAAGGACCUUCUACCGCUUUGAGGCAGUGUGGGACAGCUCCCUGCACAACUCUCUCCUGCUAAACCGAGUCACUCCAUAUGGAGAGAAAAUCUACAUGACCCUGUCGGCAUAUCUAGAGGUCAGUCACCGCUUCUAUAAACUGUUCGUUGUUUUUUACCCUUCUGAAUUUCACCACAGCUAACUCUUCGGUGUCCUUUCUUCACAGUUGGACCACUGCAUCCAGCCUGCUAUUAUAACCAAAGACAUCUGUAUGGUGUUCUACUCCAGAGACGCAAAGAUCUCCCCUCCCCGCUCCCUCAGGAACCUCUUUGGCAGCGGAUACUCCAAAACCCCAGACUGGUAAAUCCAUUAAUUUCACAAAAUAUAAGACCAGGUGAAUAAAGGUAAAUCUAAACCGUUAACUUACGUAGAGUCUUCUCUGUUUUAUUACAGCAAUCGAGUCACCGGCAUCUAUGAGCUGAGCUUGUGCAAAAUGUCUGACACUGGAAGUCCAGGUGAGCUAACUCAAAAUCUUUUAUGUUGGCUAAAUGUUUCAAGUGAAGCUGCUCUGCUCCAACAAGCGUUUGUGUGCUGAGCAGGAAUGCAGCGAAGACGGAGGAAAAUCCUGGACACAUCAGUGGCUUAUGUACGUGGAGAGGAGAACCUGGCUGGCUGGAGGCCCAGAGGAGACAGUCUCAUCCUGGAGCACCAGUGGGAGCUGGAGAAAAUGGAGCAGCUUCAUGAAGUGGGUGCAAAUGAUAUUGACCUGCCUCACCUACCUUAUCACAAUAAAAAUGAAAAAAACCCUCACCUUAUUUUUCAAUAUUAAUUUGUCCGUGGCCCUCAUCCAGGUGGAGAAGACCCGUCACCUGCUCCUGCUUAGGGAGAAGCUGGGAGAAGCAGCCCCAGUUGGAACAGCCCCCACCACCAAGUCCCUCAGCGAGUUGUUGUCCCCCAGCAUGAGCACAGGCAGCCUGUCCACCUCCACCUCCAUCUCCUCACAGAUCUCCAGCACCACCUUUGAAAGUGCCAUCACCCCCAGCGAGAGCAGUGGCUACGACUCCGCUGACAUCGAGAGCCUGGUGGAUCGUGAAAAGGAGCUGGCUACUAAGGUAGGAGAAAACUUUGAGUUUAAGGAUUUUCAAAGUAAUGAAUCACUCUCUGCUGCAGUGUUAUCGUCCAAUAACAGGUGUUUAUCUCCUCCUUUGGAAUCAUAACAGACUCUUAUUUAUUCUUACAGUGCCUGCGCCUCCUGACACACACCUUCAACAAUGAGUAUAACCAGGUGGUCAACAGUAUUAGUGACUGCAAGGUGAGUAAUGACGGUGAAAGAAACAGAUCUUUGAAUCACAAUCACUUUUAAUAAGAGGCACAGAUGGAUUAAAUUAAUAAGUAACCUUUCAAAUAACAUCUCCUUUUGAUUGUUUUUAUUGACUAGUUCUAAUCAUAACCUUAUUUCUGCACCCUCCAAAACAAUAAUUUUUUUUUUCCUCUCUCUGAAUUUGCCUGAGAACAUAAAACGGUGGUUUGAAUGAAUAUUUCCCACUUUUUUUCCACAGUUGUCCGAUAUCUCACCAAUUGGACGAGACCCAUCAGUGACCAGCUUCAGCAGCGCCACCCUCACCCCCUCCUCCACCUGCCCUUCUCUGGCCGACUCUCGCUGUAGUUCUUUAGACCAGAAGUAAAUGCAACCCGAAUUAAUUUAUAUUUCAUGUCUCAAUAUCUAUCAAAGUCACAACGCCGUUAAAUUUGUAGAUUGAAGUGAUUGGCUGAAUGUCACUCUGAUACUAACUGUGUGUCCCGUGUUUCUAAGGACCCCAGAGAACAGCUCUCGUGCCUCCAGUCCCUCCUGCUCCGACUAUGAAAACUUCCCGAUGGUCCCCUCUUUGGAGACCUCCUACCUGGCGCGGGCUGGAAAGAACGAGUUCCUCAACUUGGUGCCUGAUAUUGAAGAAAUGAGGCCAGGGUGAGAGCUGACAUGAUGACUCUUUGGAUUUCUUUCAUGUGCAGCGGUGUCAAAACAAAGUCGAUUGUAGAUGCAGCCCACAGCCUGGACAAAAACAGAUAAUCCUGUAUUUUUAUUCAAGAGGAAAUGAUUUGAAUUGAUUUGAACUUUUGAACCUGAGUGCAUUCAGCUGAAAGUCAACCUUAUUUCCUUUCAUAGAAAUCUAGGCUUUUCUUCAAUAACAGAGGAUUUGUAAAAGUUGUAUGUAUUUAUUAUUUUUUAUUUUCAGAUCGGUCGUGUCCAAGAAAGGUUUCCUGAGCUUCAUGGAGCCGCGGUCUAACUCGUGGGUGAAGCACUUUGUUGUCGUGCGCCGGCCCUACGUCUUCAUCUACAACAGCGACAAGGACCCAGUGGAGCGGGGCGUCCUCAACCUCUCCACAGCACAGGUGGAAUACAGUGAAGACCAGCAGGCCAUGCUCAAGGUAGAGUGUAUAAACUAAUCAAGAACUGUAUUCAUGUUUCAACUUACCUGAAAACUGAAUUUUCAUGAAGUAAAAGCACUUGUAAGAAGUGAAAAUGCUGCAUCAGGUUAGUCUACUUAAUCUGCAAGCAAAUAAAAAGCAAGGCAACAACUUAACAGCCCUGGCUUUUCUCUUCAAGGUCUGCAGAGCUUGAGCAUGCACUGUAGCUGACAAGAAAACAAAAACUUGUCAAUUUUUAAUGCCGUUUUUUGUUUUCCAGACUCCAAACACAUUUGCCGUGUGCACAAAACACCGGGGAAUCCUCCUACAGGCCAACAACGAGAAAGAUAUGAACGACUGGCUGUACGCCUUCAACCCACUACUUGCAGGAACGAUAAGGUACACACAUGUUUUACCCACACAACAUGCAACUAAGUAGCCUAACAUAAAUUCCUGACACUACCAUCCUGUCUCCUCACUUCAUGAAAUCCUGUUUCCAUAGAUCAAAACUGGCGAGGAGGCGCAGUGGCCUGUUGAAGAACUGAGCGAGUUGGCGGGCACACAGAAAAAGAACACGACUUCCAUUGUUUUUGGAAGGCUUUGAACAUACCGAGUGUUAACACUUAUUAAUCAUUGUGAUUCUUGACGGUUUUCUCUUGUAAGUAGACUUGUGGCUUAAGCCUUCUUUCAUGCGACUAAAAGUUUCAGUUUCAGAGGAAUAUGCCUCCCCCCUCUCUCCCUUCACAAACCCCUGACAAAUUCUCUUCCCUCCUCUCUACCACCCUCCUCCUCCCUCUCUUCCUCAGCUUUUAGUGUUUUUGUUUUUAUGACAAUGUUUGAGUCUCAUUUGGUUCGGCUUUCUUGUCAUUCCCCAACUCCCCUAACUAGUAGCAUGUUGUAAUAGUCUACUUGUGUGUGCACGAUUCUUCAGAAACUGCUCUUUCUGGCCACUAAUUUCAGUUUGCCAAUCAUCUGUACAAAUAUGUCUCUAUCAGUGUUACUUGUGUCCAGAAAAGACUUUUAUUUCUGUCAUUUAUUUUCUUUUUUUAAUGCCCGCAUGGUGACUGCAGCAGUCCUCAGGAGUAGACAAAGUUUCUUAAAAAAGUUCACAGAAAAUAGUUGAAACCAUGAAGGGAAAACAAAUAUCUCCAGUUACUCAUGCGUUUACAUUCUGCUAGAAAGGCUACGUAAAGAUCUAGUGCUGCCAAUGAAUUCAUAGAUGUUUCUUCUAUUCAUUAGAUAAGCAUUAGGCAGCUGCCUGUGGUUCCCCGUCUCCCAAACUGCCUUGAGAAAAAAAAUCAAGACAUCAGCACUGGAUUUUCCUCUUUCAUCCAUAUGAUAUUUAGACCCCCCCUCCUCAGUCCAUGCAAGUUGACCUUCUCCAAACCUUGAUCGUCUUCUCAGCGAGAGAGUGAUUACUUACAGGAAAAGAGAAGCAUAGAUACAUGCUUUCUGAACAUGCAAAAAAUGCAAAGACAAUUUCAUAUCUCAGAAUUAAUAUGUUGACAGAUUUCUCCUGUAGGAGAAGAUAUUCACCCACGUCCGGGGUUUUAAAAAAAGAGGAGGGAGAUGGAUGUAAUUUGAACAAACAUUUUGCUCUAGGAUCCGUGUGGUAGUUAUUUCUCAUCAAAGCUAUUCCUCUCAAGUCCUCUUGCUUCUAGAAGUCUUUUCUUCAACUAUCAUGUUGAGCCUCAGAUCUUAAAAGUGUCUCAAUAUUUGCUAAAAACUAGUUUAAGCCUCACAUUUGUGUGUGUGUGAAACAGAAGACAAAACUGAAUCGAUUGAGGUUAAAGUAGGAUUGAGAAUGAAGUUGCUUUAGGUACAUUAGCCUUGAUGCCAGUAGUUAACUGAUGAAGCUGCUAGCUCCAGCCUGCAGGAUGGAUGACGACGACAGUCUAACCUAAGAUUUGCUCAGUGAAGUACUUAUUGUUCUGCAGGUGUUCAUUUUCUCAUCUAACUCAUGAGGUUGACUUUAUUUUUUAACUGUUAACGUUUGAUUAUUAUUUUUUUCUAUUAUGCUUUUAACCAUUCCAUUGUGAAGUUUUAUAUGAAAUGUAACAGAGGGCAUUUAUAACUUAAUUUGUAACCAACUUAAUCAAUGUUAGAUAUUAUUUUGCACAUUAACACAUAUCUAUAGCAAGACCAGGGCAGAUCAUCACACAUGUUGAAUCCCGGAAUAUUUGUGAGCAUCAGGAUCACUGAUAAGAGCACAUAUCAAGGCUACACUGGAUAGCUGUUUGUCAAAAAGGUUUACUAAAAGAAAGAAGAGUUAUAAAGGGAUGACAUAUACUCAAAGGUUUUAUUUCUGGCAUUGUUUAUGAAAAUAUUUGCUCUGUGUGUCGCACUGCAGCUGUUACAUUUGGCUACUGAUUAGUAUUAAAUCUGUUUGGCGCCUCUGUUUCUUUGAAUGAUACGACUGUUACAAGUCCAGAUGGGCGAUCAAAACUCUGGCCAACCAACCAGCAGUGAGCUCAUCGAGUUGUAUGAAAGGCUUAAAUGUGUAGAAACAGAGGUUGCCAUGUCUGUUACAAGUGGAAGUGGAGUAACUUGAGGUCUAUCGUCAUUAUUGCUGAGAUAAAAACAGAGAACAUUUGCUCCAGAAGUCUGUUUAAAUCAAAAUUGCAGAGUUUGUGCCCUCAGGUCAGCCAACCUGCUGGUCAAAAUCAUGGAAAAUUGUACUGAGAAAAGAAAGAAAGGAGAGAAAAAAACACAAAACAAAUAUUGAUAGAAAAUAUAUCUAUGCAGUGAUCAAGGCUCAAAGUGCAAAGGACUCACAUGAACCUGAGUGUAUUCUGCUUGUGUGGAGUAGAUACAUAUGGACACGAUGAUCCCUGUCAGAGCAAACAUUUUCACUUUACUAAUUUGCAGAGGUCUAUUCUUUUGGAUUGUGUAUUUAUUGUUUGCAAUGUAAAUAUUAGUUUGCAGCUCUUUGCACAUAUCAAUAAAAGGUUCAACUAACUGAUCAAAUAAAGUCUUGUGCGGUUUAGUUGUUCUACUCAGAAUGAACCAAAUGACAGUGUGGCAGCCUCUUCCAGCUGACCUGGGAGAGCGUUGAAUGUACUAUGAAGAUGUGUGUUCACCAUCAUUCAAAAAUAAAUGUAACCUGCUGCAUCUUUUCAGGGGAGGUGAGUUACAAAAGUGUUUCCUCUUUAUUAAAAAGUGGUUUCAACAAAAGUCUGCUUUUAAUUUGAUAUUAUUUACUCACAGCUUAUGCUACAAAACCACUCAAAUUAUAACAAAGUAAAGGUGGUUGUAACAUUUGUUCUAAUAUCAGGGAAUAGAAAACAGAGUAGCUAGUGACAUCUCAAAUGACAGUAUACUAUUGUUGUGCUGGUGUCUUCCUUCACCUCUACAUUUUAUUUUCUGUUGAUGCCUUUCAAACAAAACUAGCCAUGAUACUUCCCAUCUUCUCUCUGACAGUAAAUAUGAGUUCACUCUUAUUUGAAUUGUUCAGCAGCAGAAAAAGACAGACCAUGACAUCCAACACUGUACAUUAUUUGUCAGACUGGUUUCAUUUUCAUACUUAUUUUGUAAAUAUCUGUGUUGUAUGGAGCUUGAAUUCAAAUGUAAAUAUGUUUACUGUAUUUGUAAUAAUUAUAAUCCAUUCGCUGUAUAGCAUAGAUGUGUCAUGCAGAUAUCCUAAUUCUGUGUAUGGUAAUCUUGCACCAUUGAACUGUUUAGUGAAUGAGGCAACAAUAAAAGUGCAAACUGUGCAUUAGCAGAACAAGUGCCGCCUGUUUGUCUACUCUUUGGGGCACAGUUUGACUCCAGUCAUUACAUGAUCUUACAUGUUAUAAUUUCCUGCAAAGUCUGCAAGAUAUGAAUGAAUAAAACAUUAAAUAUUGUCAAGUCAAGUUAACUCAUAGUUAAAAUAAUAUCCAACUAUCUCAUAGCUUUACAAAAAAAAGAGAAAAAAAUGUAUACUUUGCUGUGUUUGACUGAUUUGCAACUCAAAAUCUUGACACAAAAAUUAUUAUAGAAUAGUUUUGGUUGGUGAUCAUUAAUGAUUGCCUCCAGAAUUAAGAACUGGCAUUUUUCCUGUUAAAAUCUUCAGCCUUCUGCUAAUUGUUUAUCUUUCUAUCAAAAGCAAACCGACAGUGUUGGCAUUUUCCUAAAUCCACUUGUGUAGAACCUUGGUUAAGUGUAUGAACUGGUCGACUUUCUCAUCAGUGAAAUUUAGAUCGACUUUAACAGCACAGAAAUAUCAUCAGUGAUGAUAUAGGUGUCAUUCUUGAAUAGUCUGGGUCUGGACUCAUGCCAGAGCACCACUUCCUCCCUCCUGCCUGCCAUGCAUGUAAAGAUUUCCUGGUCUUUAACUGGUUUAGUGAGGCGCAGUUUUCCUUGUGUUUCACCUCAAACUUCAAGGUCAUAUUUAAUAUAACUAAGCAUGAUUUAAUAACCAUGUGAAAUCUAACUCUGCAUGGACAGGAGACAGGAUUUGUUUGGACCUGCUUGCUUGUACAGGAUCAAAUGAGCACACUGAUUCUUCCACAACUGGCCCCCAGUUUGUUGAACUGAAGUAUGCAGGAAUUCAGCCCUAAAGCCAGAAUAUGACACCAGGACCCUCUCAAAAAUCAGGUGGUACCACUAGACCCAACCCAAUACACUGCUUUUCUCAACAAUAUUCAAAUGACUUUACGCAAGAAAGGGGAAAUGUCGAGAUCUCAGGAGGAUUUGUUUGGAGCUUCCUGGUUGUUGGUUUUGUCCCUUUGUUUGGCUCACUGUCUUCAACUAUAAAAUAAUCACAUUAAUAGGAUUCUGAAACUAUAAGAGAAGGCAAUACAAUUAUACUGUUUUCCCUGAAAUUGCUUAUUAAAGAAAUGAUGGAUAAAUUCUUUAUAUUUUAUACAAUAUCAAAAUAAUCUCAAUGUAAUAAUCUUAUGUAAUAAUUCCCAGACAAGCCUUAUUUUUCGACCACAUGUGUAGUGUUUAAGGAGCAUCACCUGUGCAGUAGAGGGACUAAUAAAAUACUUUAGAGACGUACGUGUUAAAGUUAGAGGGGGUUACUUUAUCUACUAUUGAAUUACUGUA